AUGUUGCUGCCUGAAGUCCUGGAUGUUGCAUUAAGGGUCAUCCCGCCUCAAAUAUAAUCUAAGGGAAAAACUGAGAUCAAAGCGUGAUCCUGUCUUAACUGGAAGGUGACCAGUGUGUUUGGCUGUGGGAUGGUGUAGUGAAAAUUAGUGGUGUUGUAUGAUUGUGUUCUUAGCUUUGAGAUGUUGGUGAUUGUAUAGCAUGUAAAAGGGCAACACAGAGUGUCCGAUGGGCUUUGUCGUUUUACUGUUUGGUUAGAAAGGCCAGGUCAGGACCUGAGUUUCUAAUGACAUCUCCCUCCUCCCUCCCCCCUCCCUAACGACUCUCUCCGUCUCAUCUCCUCUCUCUCUCUCUCUCUCUUCGCCUCGCGCGGAAGCUCGCUCGGGAGCUCGCUUCGAGCCUCUCGCUCGCGAGCGCCGAUAGUAGCACCAAAUCGGAUCGACCUUAAGAUCUCCGUUACCGCCGAUCUACCUUUCCUCUCUUAGUCUUCUAAUUCCUCACCUUUCUCUCUCUUCCUCUCUCUCUCUCUCUCUCUCUCUCUCUCCCUUCCUUUCUUUCUCUCUUCCAGUGUAGUCUGAUCUUCCUGUGCUGGCUGCCUCCUAACGUGCCUCCGGAGUCUGGGGCUCAGCUGUUGAUGAUGCUGAGGUGUCUUCGCCCCCUACGCAUCUUUAAACUGGUGCCCCAGAUGAGGAAGGUGGUGCGGGAAGUCAUCAAGGGCUUCAAGGAGAUUUUCCUGGUUAGUGGUGGUCACACUGUGUGCUCACUUGCACUUCUAGAUAAACGCACUAAGAAACACAUACACAGGCUUGUAUACAUACACAUACUCACAGAUAGACAUGCACAUGCAUACACAAAUACAUGCGCAAUGAGCAACAUUCUUACUUGAGGUCCACCUGCUUAACUCAAGUUUCAAUUGACAUCAAUGCAUGAUUUAUGCGAGAGUCUGAGGGGUUUGCACUCAUCUCAACUCUGGAUCAGGCCCGAUGUAGACACUUGAACCACAUUUAGUAAAAACACUCACAUACACUUUCACCUUACAUGUAUACACAGUGGAUACAUUUUGGGCCAAACUCAGGAGCUAAGCCUGAUUGUGGAAAUGCACCAUGUGAGACACACAGUGAUUAUUUUGACAAAAUUUGACCUAACUUUGUACUGUAGAUUACAGUAAGAUGCUGAGUGUGAGGUUUCCCCUGCCCUCAGUGUUCUCUCACACUCUACAUACAGUGGGGAAAAAAAGUAUUUAGUCAGCCACCAAUUGUGCAGGUUCUCCCACUUAAAAAGAUGAGAGAGGCCUGUAAUUUUCAUCAUAGGUACACAUCAACUAUGACAGACAAAUUGAGAAAUGUUUUUCCAGAAAAUCACAUUGUAGGAUUUUUUAUGAAUUUAUUUGCAAAUUAUGGUGGAAAAUAAGUAUUUGGUCACCUACAAACAAGCAAGAUUUCUGGCGCUCACAGAACUGUUACUUCUUCUUUAAGAGGCUCCUCUGUCCUCCACUGGUUACCUGUAUUAAUGGCACCUGUUUGAACUUGUUAUCAGUAUAAAAGACACCUGUCCACAACCUCAAACAGUCACACUCCAAACUCCACUAUGGCCAAGACCAAAGAGCUAUCAAAGGACACCAGAAACAAAAUUGUAGACCUGCACCAGGCUGGGAAGACUGAAUCUGCAAUAGGUAAGCAGCUUGGUUUGAAGAAAUCAACUGUGGGAGCAAUUAUUAGGAAAUGGAAGACAUACAAGACCACUGAUAAUCUCCCUCGAUCUGGGGCUCCAGAUCUCACCCCGUGGGGUCAAAAUGAUCACAAGAACGGUGAGCAAAAAUCCCAGAACCACACGGGGGGACCUAGUGAAUGACCUGCAGAGAGUGGGGACCAAAGUAACAAAGCCUACCAUCAGUAACACACUACGCCGCAAAGGACUCAAAUCCUGCAGUGCCAGACGUGUCCCCCUGCUUAAGCCAGUACAUGUCCAGGCCCAUCUGAAGUUUGCUAGAGUGCAUUUGGAUGAUCCAGAAGAGGAUUGGGAGAAUGUCAUAUGGUCAGAUGAAACCAAAAUAUAACUUUUUGGUAAAAACUCAACUCGUCGUGUUUGGAGGACAAAGAAUGCUGAGUUGCAUCCAAAGAACACCAUACCUACUGUGAAGCAUGGGGGUGGAAACAUCAUGCUUUGGGGCUGUUUUUCUGCAAAGGGACCAGGACGACUGAUCCGUGUAAAGGAAAGAAUGAAUGGGGCCAUGUAUCGUGAGAAUUUGAGUGAAAACCUCCUUCCAUCAGCAAGGGCAUUGAAGAUGAAACGUGGCUGGGUCUUUCAGCAUGACAAUGAUCCCAAACACACCGCCCGGGCAACGAAGGAGUGGCUUCAUAAGAAGCAUUUCAAGGUCCUGGAGUGGCCUAGCCAGUCUCCAGAUCUCAACCCCAUAGAAAAUCUUUGGAGGGAGUUGAAAGUCCGUGUUGCCCAGCGACAGCCCCAAAACAUCACUGCUCUAGAGGAGAUCUGCAUGAAGGAAUGGGCCAAAAUACCAGCAACAGUGUGUGAAAACCUUGUGAAGACUUACAGAAAACAUUUGACCUGUGUCAUUGCCAACAAUGGGUAUAUAACAAAGUAUUGAGAAACUUUUGUUAUUGACCAAAUACUUAUUUUCCACCAUAAGUUGCAAAUAAAUUCAUUAAAAAUCCUACAAUGUGAUUUUCUGGAGAAAAAAAAUCUCAAUUUGUCUGUCAUAGUUGACGUGUACCUAUGAUGAUAAUUACAGGCCUCUCUCAUCUUUUUAAGUGGGAGAACUUGCACAAUUGGUGGCUGACUAAAUACUUUUUUCACCCACUGUAUCUCCCCAGCAGCCCAGAGGCUAUUUGACUGCAUGGGAAAGCCCUGGCUGUUUCUAACCCCUCUAUUGAUCUAACACACACAAACACACACACGAAAACACUCACACACACCCACACUCACAGGUUUCCAUUCUUCCCUUUUACUUUAAUGUGUGUGUGUGUGUUAUAGGUCUCCAUCCUGCUCCUGACUCUAAUGCUGGUGUUUGCAAGCUUCGGCGUUCAGCUCUUUGCUGGAAAACUAGCCAAGUGCAAUGACCCCCACGUAUUCCUUCGGGUAUGACCAAGCUCUUUAUAAAAUUGAUUUUCCAAACCAAGAAGAGCGGAUAUUUCCAUUCAUAGUAAUGUCCAUAUUGGGUGUACUAUUUGAAAUUAUGAAUUCAUUGUUGUUAUUUGAUAUUGAUUAAAGCAGAAAAUCUGAUUUAAAUCAAAAGAUUACAUCAUUAUGACAUCUCAUGCCAUCUACUGUAUGUCCAUUCUACCUAUUAAAUUUGUAUGGUGUAGUGACAUCACUGUGCUCUCUGGUUGUUUGUAGGAGGACUGCCAUGGAAUCUUCCGGAUCAACGUGAGCGUGUCUAAAAACCUCAACCUCAAACUAAGACCAGGAGAGAAGAAGCCUGGCUUCUGGGUGCCAAGGGUGUGGUGAGUGAUUAGGUUUGGCUGAAACACGUAUAGUGCUGGGGAGGCACUAAAUCUUGCACACACUGUAAUUCUACUCACUGCAUACAGUAUGUUUAUUUUGUAUUUUUUCUAGGGCCAACCCUCGCAACUUUAAUUUUGACAAUGUGGGUAAUGCCAUGCUGGCUCUGUUUGAGGUGCUGUCACUCAAAGGCUGGGUGGAGGUCCGUGAUGUCAUCAUUCACCGCGUCGGACCGGUACACACCUUUACUGUCUCUUUGCCUCUGCCUCUGCCCCCUUCUCUCUCUUUCUCUCUCUCUUUCUCUCUCUCUCUUUCUCUCUCUCUCUCUCUCUCUCUCUCUCUCUCUCUCUCUCUCUCUCUCUCUCUCUCUCUCUCUCUCUCUCUCUCUUUGUCUCUCUCUCUCUCCCUCUCUCUCUCUUCCCCUCUCUUGUUGAUGAUAAUACUGGAUCCUACAUACAUAGUAAGGAGUAAUGACACACCUUUGUCUCUCCCUGCAGAUACAUGGUAUCUACAUCCACGUCUUUGUCUUUCUGGGCUGUAUGAUUGGACUCACUCUGUUUGUCGGAGUGGUCAUCGCUAACUUCAAUGAGAACAAGGUAAGAGAUCCAAAACAAUCAUUCAAGCAUAUUUGUUUCAGAUUGAAAGCACAAUUCUGUGCUCUGUGUGUUUUUCCCAGUUUCAACAAAGUUGAACACAAUCAUAUACUGGCAUGGCAUACCUGGAGACUGUGUUAACUUAAAAUGACACAACGACUAGGUUCCAGUUUAACAACGUUUACUUCACCAUAUUUCCACAGUACAUGGUUGCCAUUGCACUCAGGCCAGGUCCAUCAACAGUGAGACUACUCCGCAGGCGUACUAAUAACAAAGUGAUAGCACCGUAAUAACAGAACUAUAGGGAUACUUAAAACAUGAACUUAACAAUCUACCACUUUUCUUUAAAGACAAAUAAAACAUCAACAAAAUAAUUAAAUGUCCCAAGUAUUAUUUAAGUUCCCCAUUGCAAAUGGGUUGUGUGACAAAGCUGCCAUUUCCAUUACUGAGUGCCUUUAGGAGCACAAGACCGGAUGUUCCCUUUUUAGUCAGACAGUCAGCAAGCUGUUCCUUUGUGGCCGACCAGGAAAACCGCUUUGAGGUGUGGAAUCACAGUUGUAGCAAAGGUCUGUGAGCCACCCCAGAUGAAGUCAUCAACAUGACAGGCAAGUACUCCAGUCACAUUGCUGUCUUGAUCAAGCCAAUAGAAGACUGCAGGAUCCACUUGUGACAUUUUUCCACCUGUACUCAGCAUUGUUGCCUUGACUUUGUUGUACCAGUAGAGUGAUGCAUCUGCCAGGCCAUACACACACUUUUUUAGUUUCCACAGUGUUCUUUCGCUCUUAGCUUCAUGCAGAGGUUGGAUAUGAAUGUCCCUUGACAGCUCUGUUCCCUGCAAAAAUGCAGAUUUGAUGUCUAUGGAAUGAAGUUUACAUUUUUUCUGGCAGAUCACAGUCAGCAGCAAUCUGAGUGACUCUGAGGCGCAUAUCGGUGAAUCUUUUGGGAGUUCUUUAGCAGCCAGCUCCUCAAAACCUCUAGCCACUAGACGUGCUUUUGACACUAUUCCAGUUAAGGAUUCUUAACCCACCUUGUUGAGACACAUUUUUGGCCGAUGUCUUUGACUUCCUCAAACACUCAAUUUUUCCUCCAUUUACUGAGCUCAUCUAGUUUAGCUGAGUCAAAUGACACGUCCUUUGUUUCAAGUACAUCAUCAUUUUGAAUGUCAUUCUGUUUUUCUCAAUUUUCCAUUGGUUCAAUUCUGAGAUUAUCUACAAGUGACAGGUCAGCUGACCCUGUUGUACCAGAAAGUGUCGCUGGUUCAGAGUACUACAAGUUGUACCAGUUCUGGUGUUUUCCUUUGGCUUUUCCUAUUCGUCCAAUGACUGUUGCUGUGUGUGGAAUACUACUUUCUCUGUCCAUGUAUUUAACAGUUCGUCCAGUUUUCAGAUUGGAACAACCAUGUUGUCUUAACACGUGGCUGUUGUGUUGAAGGUCUCUGCUCCAUUUCCUGUGUCAGUUUCAGUGUCCAUAUCAUUGGAUGCGACAUCUGGUAGGUUUGUCUGUGUGUGCUUUUUGUCAUUUUCAGUAGGAGGCUGAUUCUCAGCAACAGCCCCUCCAUCUUGUUGAUCAUUUACUUUCUGCAAUCUUGAGUGAUGCACUCUGACAAUGGUGCCUCCAUGCCUCACAAAUAUCACCACACCAUCUUGGCCAAUGACUACUCCUGGUCCUUUCCACUCUUGACAGUCAACUUAUUUGUAGUACACUUUGUUUCCAGUGUCAUACUUCUCAUCGGUUGGUCGAAGCUGUUUACGCAGAGCCCUGCAAAUUCUUUCUGAACGCUCUGCUUCAGUGAACGCUUUUCUCGCUGCAUGUAGUGCUGAAAGGUGCUGUCCCACCCAUGCGCUCACACUGGUCCCUUCUAAUGCUGGUGGCUUGUCAACCAGUACAGAGGGAAGACUAGGGUUAUGCUCGAACACUAUUUGGUAUGGGUUGUAGCCAUGAACAUUGUGCAUUGAGUUUUUUGGCCAUCAAAGCCCAUUCUAGGGCUGUUUUCCAGUCACAUCCAUUGUCUUGCUUCACUUUCAGCAUAAUCUCUGUGAGUGUUUGAUUAUGUCUCUCCAGUAGUCCAUUGCUCCAUGGACUCUAUGCAGCAGUUGUCUUUACUUCCAUGUUGGAUUUCUCAGCCAUUUCUCUUAUUUCAUUAUUAUUGAAUUCUCCUCCAUUGUCACUGUACAAUUUCUGGGGCGGGCCAUGCACACUUAUCCAGGAAUGAAUCAAGUGCUUGACGAUUUCACUGGGUUUCUUUGUAUUCACAAUGCUUCCAGCACUGAAGCGUGUGAAGUGGUUGAUUAUGUGAAGGUACCACACACUUGGUCCUAGCUCAUGUAGAUCUACAGCCACUGUUUCAUUGUACUUGGAAGCCAGUGGCAAACCACAGCUGGUCUGGGCUUAGGUUUGCUAUCUGUCGUAGAAUGGAAAUACUCUCAUCAUCAUUAUUCCCAGAACUGCUGAGUAAUUGCUGAAGUCUGUCAACUGUAGCAUGUCCAAACUGUUUGUGAAGUUUUAACAAUACUUUGUGUUUUUCCUCUGUGUUCAUGUUCUCUGUGACUGUCAGAAUCUCCAUGUGCUCUGUGUCCGUCAGAAUCUCAUUUUUACAUGGACUCUGUGUGAUGUCUUUGUCUAAAAUGUUUACACAAUAGUGGCCUGAGGUAGUAAGUUCAAGGGUCACUGGUUCUUUAAACAUCACUGCCUUGUCAUUUUUAAUGUCUACUACAGCCCCUGCCUUCUUGAGGGAAGCUUUGCUUAAUAGUAAGGGAAUAUCUGCAGGACCACCUCUGUUUCAAUGUGACACUUAGUCUGCUGGUAUCUUGACUCUCUUGGUAGAAUGGACGAUUCCCCCAUCUCCAAAUUUGAAAGCUCUGUUGCUUGGUGUGUACAGUCAUAUUUUGUACUUUCAUAUUUAGUUCACUGACAUAGCUAUCAAGCCAUUUUGCACCACACACUGUGCGUGUACAUGCAGUAUCAAUCACAGCAGAUCCUAAGGAUUGAACUAUACAGAUCUCAGUAUCAGAAGCAGAUUCGUUUGAAAACAGUGUAACGUUACACUGCUCUAUCUCUAUGUUGACAUUUUCCUCCGUUAGUUUAAUUUGUUCAUUUUUAUGAGGACAGUCUUUAACCCAAUGGUAAGUGCUUUGACAAAUGGCACAUUUUGAUCUCGUUCCAUACCUGUCCAGUGGAUUUGUGCCGGGCAAUGGCGCCCUCCUCUGGUUGUCUUGAGAACGUGACUUGUUGGCGCCUUUUCUCUGCUGCUCAGUGUAAUAUGCUGCGUCACUCACUUACAUUUUACAUUUUACAUUUUAGUCAUUUAGCAGACGCUCUUAACCAGAGCGACUUACAGGAGCACUUGCAUUCCAUCUAAUAUUGUUGCGACAGACUUUUCACCAAAAAUUAUUUUUAGUGCCGACUUCAUUGACGCAAAAGUCAGCACAGUACAAGCAGUCAAUGCCAACUGUUUCUCCCUACUGUCCAGACAGGCAGUAUCUAGCAACAUUAAAGCUAACACUGUAUCCGGGAGAACCAUGUCGUACUUGCGCAUCCUAUUGUACCUCUGUUCUAAAUCAAUUAUGUAGUCCGUCAUUUCAACCGAAAUGUCUGUAGUAACACUGUCAUAGUCUGAAUAUGCGUCGUAGGCACGGCCUUUCUCUUCUUUAAUGAACACAGAAUCCAGUGCGCUGAUCAAAGUUCCCAUACCGUCAUCCUUGUUCAAAUCCUCAACGGAUAUUUCCAGUGGUGUAUCUCUCGCUCUUCCUUCGAGCGAUAAUACCACCGCAAGUGCUUAGUAACCCAUGUCCAGAUUCCAAGUUCAUUUUUCCAAAUUUCAUAUGACCUCUUCUCUUCGAAGCGAGAUGGCACAUUGUAGUUAUUAGCCAUUCUCUGCUACCAAUGUUAACUUAAAAUGACACAACGACUAGGUUACAGUUUAACAACGUUUACUUCAUCAUAUUCCACAGUACAUGGUUGCCAUUGCACUCAGGCCAGGUCCAUCAACAGUGAAACUACUGCGCAGGCGUACUAAUAACAGAGUGAUAGCACCGUAAUAACAGAAAUAUAGGGAUACUUAAAACAUUUAUUUAACAGACUGUACACCUCGAAUACUGACUUGUAUCACAGGUGACUUGCCUGGUACACCUCCCUGACAAUAAUGAUUAGUAUUCCUCUCAAAUUGAUUCAUAAAGCCUUUAUAACUCUGUCAUAAUACCUGUUCUGGGGCCUGUGUGUGUGACCUUUGUGUGUAUUUUUCCUCCCCAGGGUACUGCUCUGCUGACAGUGGACCAGAGGAGGUGGGAGGACCUGAAGAGUCGACUGAAGAUUGCCCAGCCUCUCCACCUGCCCCCACGCCCAGGUGUGUGUGUUUGAGGUGUUAAUGCCCCCCCCCCCCCCCCCCCUCUGUCUGGUGUGUCCUAAUGAGCUCUCUGUCUCCACUGAUCAUCAGUGACAGAGUUUUAAAUCACUGACUCUCUGGUGACAUUAAAAUGCCCAGAACUCAUCCACUAACUCACUCACUCACCCCAUGUGAUAGAGUACAGCUUAUACACUAUUUCAUUACGCAAAGACUAACAGAGUCCAUACACACACACACACACACACACACACAGACAAACACACACACGCACACAGAAUUAAGAGUAUAAGUUACAGUGCUUUGCAAAAGUAUUAAUCCCCCUUGGCGUUUUUCCUAUUUUGUUGCAUUGCAACCUGUAAUUUAAAUAUAUUUUUAUUUGGAUUUCAUGUAAUGGACAUACACAAAAUAGUCCAAAUUGGUGAAGUGAAAUGAAAAGAAUAACUUGUUUCAAAAUGAGUAGUUAUGCACGCUCACGUUUUCUGUUUUUUUGUCUUAUUUGUUGUUUGUUUCACCCAAAAAAUAUAUUUUGCAUCUGUUAUGAUGAGUUUCUGGUAUUUAGAAGUUCAGGAUGCAAGAGAGUAUGUUACACAGAUGGAGAUUUGUUUCAGUCAUUAUUUAAUGGUUACAAUAUUGGAUUCAAUGACAGGAGGUACGGACAUAGCCUCCUGCCAUCUGAAUGACUUCCAUACAAAAUCUCUCAGUUUAUAUACUUGUUUGCAAGCUAAUUCUAUCCAACAGUUGCCAAUAACAUUAAUUGAACCAAACAAACCAAACAUAAAAAUGAAUUCCUAACCUCCUGACAUCAUCCCAUAAAAUACAUUGAUUCAUGACAAUUUGUAAGUUACAUGGAAAUUAUAAUAUAUUCAAAUAAAAAUAACUUCUGUCUUCUUUAUCAAUGUUCAUUCAGAGGAACCUCAAGCUUUUCUCUGGUCACUUGGGGUGCUAUCUGAUCGACUGAGAUGUCUUGUUUCCACAUCUUCAAUCCUUUAAACCUUAAAUUCCACGUUAUACCGUUCCAACUUAACAUUCAAAAUUAUCAACGAACUCUACACUGGAAUAACAUGAUAUAGAUGAAGAAUUAAUGCCUUCCUGCAUGUCUCUAAUAUUUCCCAUAGCUUUAGUUAAAUUCCCAAAACCUUAUGGCAAUUAUGUACAACCUGAUUAUCCCCCUACAAUUGCAUACAUUCCCCCUUUAUCUACUAUAAUAGCAUCCAAUGCUAUGCGAUUAUCAAUUGCAUAUUGUCUAAUGAUUGCCAUCUCAGAUCCAAUAGCUUGAAAACCCAUGACUGUUAAUAGGUACAAUAUUCAACUCUGUUCAACCCCUAAUAUGCCUAAGGAGAGAUACACAGUAUAACACUCUGUUUUCAGUCCCUGUUAAAUCAGUACACCCCUGAACUAGUUAUGAUUGAGGAAUCCAACCAAAAUCAAAUCACAUGGAAAUAUCGUAAACAUUCCUAUGUCACAAAUACCAAAACUCCAUGAUAGGAACCAAUUAAGUACUUGCCUAGCAACAGAGAUAUGUACCACUCUAAACAUCCCUAUCAAGACCACCCAGUACUUCAAAUGUAUAUAGUGACUAAUAUGUGAAUAUGGUAACUUAAUAAUCAACAUGUUAUGUUAUGUUAUAUAAUUAGUAUAUUAACUUACAUGUUUCAAACAGUAAGAUUCAAAAAUGUCUACUCAAAAUAAAUCAUAUAAGUGUAUCCUAAGACAUUACCAUAAUGUAUUGCUAUUUUAACCCAAAUAUCUAUAUAAGACAGUUAUCUCAAUUGUACAAUCAAUAUCCUUCAUUCUGAAAAUAGUUAUACUAAUAUAUACUAAUGAUUUACUUAAAUCACUCAGUCAUCUUAUAAAUUAAAACCAAAACCAAAUUACUUAACUCAACCAAAUUUAGAAUGACAAUUCUUAUUGAUUCACAUUGGUCCUAUCACUCAAAAUUAAAACCCUCAUCUGUAUCACACAUUAUAACUGUCAAAAUGUACACUUAUAUUAACAUACAGUAUAAAUAUCCAUAAUUCUAGUAUGACCUUCCUCAUUCUUGGAAUAAAUACAGAUCAUUAUCUCAAUGCAUUUCUAGUACUAUUAAUUUAGCAGUGUAUAUACAGUGGGGAGAACAAGUAUUUGAUACACUGCCGAUUUUGCAGGUUUUCCUACUUACAAAGCAUGUAGAGGUCUGUAAUUUUUAUCAUAGGUACACUUCAACUGUGAGAGACGGAAUCCAGAAAAUCACAUUGUAUGAUUUUUAAGUAAUUAAAUUGCAUUUUAUUGCAUGACAUAAGUAUUUGAUCACCUACCAACCAAUAAGAAUUCCGUCUCUCACAGACCUGUUAGUUUUUCUUUAAGAAGCCCUCCUGUUCUCCACUCAUUACCUGUAUUAACUGCACCUGUUUGAACUCAUUACCUGUAUAAAAGACACCUGUCCACACACUCAAUCAAACGGACUCCAACCUCUCCACAAUGGCCAAGACCAGAGAGCUGUGUAAGGACAUCAGGGAUAAAAUUGUAGACCUGCACAAGGCUGGGAUGGGCUACAGGACAAUAGGCAAGCAGCUUGGUGAGAAGGCAACAACUGUUGGCGCAAUUAUUAGAAAAUGGAAGAAGUUCAAGAUGACGGUCAAUCACCCUCGGUUUGGGGCUCCAUGCAAGAUCUCACCUCGUGGGGCACCAAUGAUCAUGAGGAAGGUGAGGGAUCAGCCCAGAACUACACGGCAGGACCUGGUCAAUGACCUGAAGAGAGCUGGGACCACAGUCUCAAAGAAAACCAUUAGUAACACACUACGCCGUCAUGGAUUAAAAUCCUGCAGCGCACGCAAGGUCCCCCUGCUCAAGCUAGCGCAUAUCCAGGCCCGUCUGAAGUUUGCCAAUGACCAUCUGGAUGAUCCAGAGGAGGAAUGGGAGAAGGUCAUGUGGUCUGAUGAGACAAAAAUAGAGCUUUUUGGUCUAAACUCCACUCACCGUGUUUGGAGGAAGAAGAAGGAUGAGUACAACCACAAGAACACCAUCCCAACCGUGAAGCAUGGAGGUGGAAACAUCAUUCUUUGGGGAUGCUUUUCUGCAAAGGGGACAGGACGACUGCUCCGUAUUGAGGGGAGGAUGGAUGGGGCCAUGUAUCGCGAGAUCUUGGCCAACAACCUCCUUCCCUCAGUAAGAGCAUUGAAGAUGGGUCGUGGCUGGGUCUUCCAGCAUGACAACGACCCGAAACACACAGCCAGGGCAACUAAGGAGUGGCUCCGUAAGAAGCAUCUCAAGGUCCUGGAGUGGCCUAGCCAGUCUCCAGACCUGAACCCAAUAGAAAAUCUUUGGAGGGAGCUGAAAGUCCGUAUUGCCCAGCGACAGCCCCGAAACCUGAAGGAUCUAGAGAAGGUCUGUAUGGAGGAGUGGGCCAAAAUCCCUGCUGCAGUGUGUGCAAACCUGGUCAAGACCUACAGGAAACAUAUGAUCUCUGUAAUUGCAAACAAAGGUUUCUAUAGCAAAUAUUAAGUUCUGCUUUUCUGAUGUAUCAAAUACUUAUGUCAUGCAAUAAAAUGCAAAUUAAUUACUUAAAAAUCAUACAAUGUGAUUUUCUGGAUUUUUGUUUUAGAUUCCAUCUCUCACAGUUGAAGUGUACCUAUGAUAAAAAUGACAGACCUCUACAUGCUUUGUAAGUAGGAAAACCUGCAAAAUCGGCAGUGUAUCAAAUACUUGUUCUCCCCACUGUACCUCCUACCCAAAUUAGCAUAUUUAGAUAAAUCCAAAUCCAUAUCCAUAUCAUCCACCUACUUGGUAUCGUGUGGCACCCUAGCCAGGCCAUUCCAUCACGCACCCCUCCUAAGAUUAGCAACAGUGGCCCCCAAUCUAUCUUGGCACACAUGACACCAAUACCACAUGACAUGUCCUUGUCCUCUCUCCCUUACAUACAUCUUAUGAGUUGUACAUACAUUAAUGAAUCUUGUAUCACAAGUCAUCAUAACAGCAUCUUCAAAGUGGUAGGCAUGUUGUGUAAAUCAAAAAAUACAAACCCCCCAAAAAUCUAUUUUAAUUCCAGGUUGUAAGGCAACAAAAUAGGAAAAAUGCCAAGGGGGUGAAUACUUUCGCAAGCCACUGUAUAGUAAUGAUCGAUCGCUUCUACUGAUCUAAUUGAACAUCACAACUCAGCUUUUUGCUUAGGUGACUUCCUUUUGACACAAAGAAAUCCUGUACCCAGUUAGAUUGUACCAACCUCAGCAUGGUAAUACAGAGACUGAUCUACACAGCUUGUUAUGCUGUUUUAAUUGCAGAGGUUUAUAUUUGAAGGAAAGAGAACAAGAAGAACAGGGGAAUUAAUGGAGAAGUGCAUGGGAGGCAGUGUAGGGAAUAGGCACCACACAGCCUGUUAGUACAGUCAGUCCCAGAGCUAAGAGAAAAUCAAUGGUUCAGUCUUAGUCAGCGGCUCUGCUGGGUAGAACUGUGUUAAUCUCCACUCUGAUCCACAUCCAAAAACCUUACGCUCUGGCCUGACUCACUUACUCACUCACACACACACUCACUCACAACGUGCAGCUCAACCCAGUGUUAGGGAGUGGAGGGGAGUCUCGCUUGGCCAAAUAGUUUUCGGUUCCUCCUCUCUAUUCAGAAGUGUCUGCAUUCUACAAACUCAGCAUUGCGGUAGAGAGGCAACUGAUCAAUCUUGUUGUUAAAAUCCAUUGAUUGAUUGAGAUGCCGGGUUAUACUGGGCUGGUGCAUGGUCUAGCAUUGGCUGUGGCUGCAGAAUAAGGGCUGGGCUAGUGUUUUCUGGGUCUGGGGCUAGGCUAGUGUUUACUGGGACUGGGCUGGUGUUUACUGGGUCUGGGGCUGGGCUAGUGUUUACUGGGGCUGGUCUAGUGUUUACUGGGUCUGGGGCUGAACUAGUAUUUACUGGGGCUGGGGCUAGUGUUUGCUGGGACUAGGGUUUACUGGGGCUGGGCUAGUGUUUACUGGGGCUGGGCUAGUGUUUACUGGGGCUGGGCUUGUGUUUACUUGGGCUAGUGUUUACUGGGGCUGCUGGGGCUGGGACUAGUGUUUACUGGGGCUGAGCUAGUGUUUACUGGGACUGGGCUAGUGUUUACUGGGGCUGGGCUAGUGUUUACUGGGCCUGGGGCUAGUGUUUGCUGGGGCUAGUGUUACUGGGGCUGGGGCUAGUGUUUACUGGGCCUGGGGUAGUGUUUACUGGGCCUGGGGCUAGUGUUUGCUGGGGCUAGUGUUACUGGGGCUGGGGCUAGUGUUUACUGGGGCUGGGCUAGUGUUUACUGGGGCUGGGCUUGUGUUUACUGGGGCUGGGGCUGGGCUAGUGUUGGCUCAGGUAUACAGUACAUACAGGUAUCAUCUUGCCUACCAGGUACUCACAUCCACCUGUUAUGAAUGACCUUCACAAUAGGGCUGGAGUAUAGGAAUGGGACUGGGGCUGUUGCUGAGUUAGUGUUGGCUAGGGAAGGGGGGGGGGGGGGUUUCUCGGGCUGGCUGGGGCUGGGUCACUCAAAACGUGCAGCUCAAGUAGUAGAGGGGAGUCUCGCUUGGCCAAAUGGUUUUCGGUUCCGGAUUAAUGAAGGGGCUUCCCGGCCCUGAAGCCUCUGGGCCCAGGCCCGUGGGGGACCCAAGAGGCAGCAAUAAAAAAAUAUAUAUGUUUUAUUAUUUUGUAAAAAAUGAGCAAACACGUUUAGUGAAUGAGCUUUUUGGUCAUCAAGGAAAACGCUAUCUUUGGCGCAAACCCAACACCUCUCAUCACCCCGAGAACAUCAUCCCCACAGUGAAGCAUGGUGGUGGCAGCAUUAUGCUAUGGGGAUGUUUUUCAUCGGCAAGCACUGGGAAACGGGUCAGAAUUGAAGGAAUGAUGGAUGGUGCUAAAUACAGGGAAAUUCUUGAGGGAAACCUGUUUCAGUCUUCCAGAGAUUUGAGACUGGGACGGAGGUUCACCUUUCAGCAGGACAAUGACCCUAAGCAUACUGCUAAAGCAACAGUCGGGUGGUUUAAGGGGAAACAUUUAAAUGUCUUGGAAUGGCCUAGUCAAAGCCCAGACCUCAAUCCAGUUGAGAAUCUGUGGUAUGACUUAAAGAUUGCUGUACACCAGCAGAACCCAUUGAACAUGACGGAGCUGGUGCAGUUUUGCCUUGGAGAAUGGGCAAAAAUCCCAGUGGCUAGAUGUGCCAAGCUGAUAGAGACAUACCCCAAGAGACUUGCAGCUGUAAUUGCUGCAAAAGGUGGCUCUACAAAGUAUUGACUUUGGGGGGGGGUUAAAUUAAUUAAUCAUGUAACAAUUAACUCAUUAGGAAUUUGGGGCACCAAGGAAGAAGUUGCUUAACGAGUUACCAUCUCCCGAAUUAAACUCUUAGAAGAUAUAUAAUUCAUGUUAUAUAUCGAUAAGUCACUUAUUAAAUAAUUACCUCUUAUCAGUCUCAUUCUGAACGUCGCAUAAUCCUUGAACCUGCAAGAACCCUAACCUUAUUGAUGAAUCAGCAAUACACAAAUUGGCUUAAUUAUUUAUUUACUAACUAACUAAAUAAUAACACAGAAUACAAACACACAUACACAGUAUAGGUUGUUGAUUACUAACGUAAUACAAUGAAAACAGGUCCAUAGUGGACUGGACUAACAAUAGCAUGACUGCUUGGUUAGGUGAAGGAGGGGUCUGUUUGUGAAAGGGAGAGACAGAGAUUCAAACUAUCAUGGUUACAUUUGUAAACUACGCUCACAGUAAUCAUAAUACUUAGCACCCUAACCACCGCUCAUUCGGAUAAGAAAUGCAAUGUAUAUAUUUACGCGUAGCUGUCCUUGAUCGUCGUCUCUCUGUUGAACGACUUUAUCAAAAAGGGUUUGAGUGUCCUGGUUCCACUUCGGUGAGACUUGGCUUGUCUUCGACUGGAGUGUUCGUUAGAAUAGCUACUUCAGAUGUACCAACGGUUGUCGGAGAGGGAUUGUCCUUCCCAACUCUUGUCUUUAGUGAAAGUUCUCUAGACGACUAUACAUGUACAGCUGCAGAAUGAUAUGAUAAGGUCUAGUGAGUUUCUUCUUCUUGUGUAGAGAUUGGGAGUUUCAGAGUUUCUCACCAUUUCAAAUGUGCAGUCGCCACUCUCACGUUUUCUGGUCUUUCUGGUCUAACCAUUUUAAGCCGUGUAGCUUCCUGGUCUGGUAGAAAUUCAACAUCCGGCUUACACCUUAGUCUGCUUGGUCUAGUGUGAAUUUCGUCACGAGGGGUUUUAUACUUGAGUAGAAAAGGGGGCUUUUCAUCAUGUUUAUGCUCAUCUGGGCGUGGCCACUGACUGAGAACAAGUCAAUAUGGAAAACAGUCAUCUCAUCAACAUUUACAUUACAUUUACGUCAUUUAGCAGACGCUCUUAUCCAGAGCGACUUACAAAUUGGUGCAUUCACCUUAUGAUAGCCAGUGGGACAACUACUUUACAAUUAUUUUUUGUAUAUAUUUUAGUUAUUUUUAAUAUUUAAAAAAUAUUUUUAGAGUAUAUUCUUUAUUUUUAUUGGUGUUAUAUAUAUAUAUAUAUAUAUAUAUAUUUAAUUUUUUCAUUUCUUUGUAAUUUGUUCAUUAUUAUUAUUAUUAUUAUUAUUAUUAUUAUUAUUAUUAUUAUUAUUAUUAUUAUUAUUAUUAUUUUGUGGGGGUGGGGUAGGUGGGGUUUAUACUAUCCCAGGUAUUCCUUAAAGAGGUAGGGUUUCAAGUGUCUACGGAAGGUGGUCAGUGACUCCGCUGUCCUGGCGUCGUGAGGGAGCUUGUUCCACCAUUGGGGUGCCAGAGCAGCGAACAGUUUUGACUGGGCUGAGCGGGAACUGUGCUUCCGCAGAGGUAGGGGGACCAGCAGGCCAGAGGUGGAAGAACGCAAUGCCCUUGUUUGGGUGUAGGGACUGAUCAGAGCCUGAAGGUAAGGAGGUGCCGUUCCAACUGGAAGCCAGUGGAGUGUGCGGAGGAGCGGGGUGACGUGAGAGAACUUGGGAAGGUUGAACACCAGACGGGCUGCAGCGUUCUGGAUGAGGUGUAGGGGUUUAAUGGCACAGGCAGGGAGCCCAGCCAACAGCGAGUUGCAGUAAUCCAGACGGGAGAUGACAAGUGCCUGGAUUAGAACCUGUGCCGCUUCCUGUGUAUGGUAGGGUCGUGCUCUGCGAAUGUUGUAGAGCAUGAACCUACAGGAUCGGGUCACCAAUUUGAUGUUAGCGGAGAACGAAAGGGUGUUGUCCAGAGUCACACCAAGGUUCUUUGCACUCUGGGAGGACACAACGGAGUUGUCAACCGUGAUGGCGAGAUCAUGGAGCGGGCAGUCCUUCCCCGGGAGGAAGAGCAGCUCCGUCUUGCCGAGGUUCAGCUUGAGGUGGUGAUCCGACAUCCACACUGAUAUGUCUGCCAGACAUGCAGAGAUGCGAUUCACCACCUGGUUAUCAGAAGGGGGAAAGGAGAAUAUUAAUUGUGUGUCGUCUGCAUAGCAAUGAUACGAGAGACCAUGUGAGGAUAUGACAGAGCCAAGUGACUUGGUGUUUAGAGAGAAUAGGAGAGGGCCUAGAACUGAGCCCUGGGGGGACACCAGUGGUGAGAGCACGUGGUGCGGAGACAGAUUCUCGCCACGCCACCUGGUAGGAGCAACCUGUCAGGUAGGACGCAAUCCAAGAGUGAGCCGCGCCGGAGAUGCCCAACUCGGAGAGGGUGGAGAGGAGGAUCUGAUGGUUCACAGUAUCAAAGGCAGCAGAUAGGUCUAGAAGGAUAAGAGCAGAGGAGAGAGAGUUAGCUUUAGCAGUGCGGAGAGCCUCCAUGACACAGAGAAGAGCAGUCUCAGUUGAAUGACCAGUCUUGAAACCUGACUGGUUUGGAUCAAGAAGGUCAUUCUGAGAGAGAUAGCAGGAGAGUUGGCUAUAGACGGCACACUCAAAGAGUUUUGGAGAGAAAAGAAAGAAGGGAUACUGGUCUGUAGUUGUUGACAUCGGAGGGAUCGAGUGUAGGUUUUUUGAGGAGGAGUGCAACUCUCGCUUUCUUGAAGAUGGAAGGGACAUAGCCAGCGGACAAGGAUGAGUUGAUGAGCGAGGUGAGGUAAGGGAGAAGGUCUCCGGAAAUAGUCUGGAGAAGAGAGGACGGGAUAGGGUCAAGCGGGCAGGUUGUUGAACGGCCGGCCGUCAAAAGUCGCAAGAUUUCACCUGGAGAGAGAGGGGAGAAAGAAGUCAAAGCAUAGGGUAGGGCAGGCAUCAAGAAUGCUAAAAUCACAUCGCUAUCUUCACAAAAGUAUUAUUAUACUUAAUCAACCGUUUUAUACAACAAUUAGAUGCAAACCUCACAACUGGGAAGUGUACACCCCCAGAGAUACAGUUAUGUUGUUCCACCGUCUUUAAUCACAUCACAACAUAGUAACGAAUUCGACAUGAUUUGUUCUUUAAGUGCCCACUGACCAUUUCCCACAUGCUUGGUGUUAGAAAUAUUGUUUCAUUAUCCACUUUUGGAUGUUGUAGUUUUGGUGGGAAGAAUCUCUGUGUUAACAAAAGAGUCCUUUCUCCCAAUACUUCAUGGCAAGCAAGAGAAAGUCUGCACAGUAUUUACAACCAAUUGUUAAGUCAUAAAAUUGGCCAACUUCUCCCCCUCCCUCUCCUGUGGGAGGGGGAGAAGACUCUAGGCUGUAAUCACUGCCAAAGGUGUUUCAAGAAAGUACUGAAUAAACGGUCUGAAUAUUUCCGUUUGUUUAUUUUUUAUUAUUUAUUGGCAAAAGUUUUGAAAAAACAGUUUUGCUUUGUCAUUUAGUAAAAGGCUGUAACAUAACAAAAUGUGGAAGAAGUCAAGGGGUCUGAAUACUUUAUAUAUAUAUAUAUUUUUUUUUUAUAAACUGCAUAAUACAUUGAUGUUACUGGUCCAUUGUGUGAGUCAGGGGCUGGGCCCAACAGGCAAAAAAAAAUAACAUUAUUUAUUUUAUUUUAUUUUCCACAGGAGCCCGGUCUCAAUGUUCAAAAAUCGUCUUCAUAUGUGGAAGUCCUAAAAACGCCUCUGCUCAACUGUAGCGUAUGCCACAUCGCAAAUGUUAUUAUGGCUUUAUUAUAAAGGGGCUUUUUCUUCAACAGUAAAUUUACCACGCAUUGAAUUCCAUCUUUGUGCCCGGAUUUGUUCACAAAAAAUGAUGGUGUGACGGGAAGGGACCUAUGAUUUCUUAAUCUGACCCUGCAUAUGAGACACAUAUUUUUCAAUUAACUGAGAUAAGAUCUCUACUGACAAGCUGUAGAUCUUAUUCCAAGAAGAUUGAAAAGAUUUCUCUUCAUUGCAGCCCUGAAUCCAAUUUUGAGAUUUUUGUUGGUUUCCAAGAAGGGAGACUUAGACUUAUGUGUACAAUCAAGUGUAAUAUUAUUGCUGGCUGUAAAAGUUGAUAAGUCGCCGGUCGUAGGAUGUUAUUUGUCAUACUGGAUAGAAACGGGUAAGGUAAGGAGGACAUAAUCUGACUCGCACAUAGAGAAAUACUGAGCUAUUUGUGUGUGUGCGUGUGUGCUUGCAUGCAUGUGUGACUGAGCCAGGAUGCAUGGCCAUGCGCGUGUGUGCCAGCAACUGACUAGCCAUAAUAACUUUAUAGUCCAAAAUAAACAUAGGCAAUCUCCCUGAUUUCUGUGUUCUCUGACUAAUUGAAUCAGUGAAAUGGAUGGAAGCACUUGGGUUCAGCAGUGCACAACAUUGUGGAAUGUUGAGAUAGAAAUACAUACUGUAGAGCAAAUAUGCUUCUCUGACAUAUAUAAUAAGGAAGCAUGCCAGUUUUAUUCAUGACAUGUCUAUCUACAAUGUUCCACAAUGUUCCAUGUUGGCUUACUGAAUGUGGCUCAGGUCUAGAAAACAUUCCAUCUAUAGUGGAAAGCAUCAUCAUCUCCUAAGGAAAGGUGAUGAAGAUUUAGUCUAUUGGGAUUCACCCUUCUGGUUGGGUCUGGUCUGGUGUUGAUCCUCACUCCUCUCUCCCCCUUCAGAGAAUGCAGGGUUCCGUGCCAAGAUGUAUGACAUCACUCAGCACCCCUUCUUCAAACGGGGUAUCGCUGUGCUGGUCUUGGCCCAGUCAGUGCUGCUGUCUGUCAAGGUAAGGCUGUCUGAUAUACACUACCGGUCAAAAGUUUCAGAACACCUACUCAUUCAAGGGUUUUUCUUAAUUUUUUACAAUGUUUUACAUUGUAGAAUAAUAGGGAAGACAUCAAAACUAUGAAAGUGUUAAACAAAUCAAAAUAUAUUUUAUAUUUGAGAUUCGUCAAAUAGCGACCCUUUGCCUUGAUGACAGCUUUGCACACUCUUGGAAUUCUCUCAACCAGCUUCAUGAGGUAGUCACCUGAAAUGCAUUUCAAUUAACAGGUGUGCCUUCUUAAAAGUUAAUUUGUUAAAUGUCUUUCCUUCUAAAUGCUUUUGAACCUGAUCAGUUGUGUUGUGACAAGGUAUACAGAAGAUAGCCCUAUUUGGUAAAAGACCAAGUCCAUAUUAUGGCAAGAACAGCUCAAAUAAGCAAAGAGAAACGACAGUCCAUCAUUACUUUAAGACAUAAAGGUCAGUCAAUACGGAACAUUUGCAGUUGCAAAAACCAUCAGUGCAAGGAUGAAACUGGCUCUCAUGAGGACCACCACAGGAAUGGAAGACCCAGAGUUACAGUGGGGGAAAAAAGUAUUUAGUCAGCCACCAAUUGUGCAAGUUCUACCACUUAAAAAGAUUAGAGGCCUGUAAUUUUCAUCAUAGGUACACGUCAACUAUGACAGACAAAAUGAGAAAAAAAAUCCAGAAAAUCACAUUGGAGGAUUGUUUAUGAAUUUAUUUGCAAAUUAUGGUGGAAAAUAAGUAUUUGGUCACCUACAAACAAGCAAGAUUUCUGGCGCUCACAGACCUGUAACUUCUCCUUUAAGAGGCUCCUCUGUCCUCCACUGGUUACCUGUAUUAAUGGCACCUGUUUGAACUUGUUAUCAGUAUAAAAGACACCUGUCCACAACCUCAAACAGUCACACUCCAAACUCCACUAUGGCCAAGACCAAAGAGCUGUCAAAGGACACCAGAAACUAAAUUGUAGACCUGCACCAGGCUGGGAAGACUGAAUCUGCAAUAGGUAAGCAGCUUGGUUUUAAGAAAUCAACUGUGGGAGCAAUUAUUAGGAAAUGGAAGACAUACAAGACCACUAAUAAUCUCCCUCGAUCUGGGGCUCCACGCAAGAUCUCACCCCGUGGGGUCAAAAUGAUCACAAGAACGGUGAGCAAAAAUCCCAGAACCACACAGGGGGACCUAGUGAAUGACCUGCAGAGAGCUGGGACCAAAGUAACAAAGCCUACCAUCAGUAACACACUACGCCGCCAGGGACUCAAAUCCUGCAGUGCCAGACGUAUCCCCCUGCUUAAGCCAGUACAUGUCCAGGCCCAUCUGAAGUUUGCUAGAGUGCAUUUGGAUGAUCCAGAAGAGGAUUGGGAGAAUGUCAUAUGGUCAGAUGAAACCAAAAUAUAACUUUUUGGUAAAAACUCAACUCGUCGUGUUUGGAGGACAAAUAAUGCUGAGUUGCAUCCAAAGAACACCAUACCUACUGUGAAGCAUGGGGGUGGAAACAUCAUGCUUUGGGGCUGUUUUUCUGCAAAGAGACCAGGACGACUGAUCCGUGUAAAGGAAAGAAUGAAUGGGGCCAUGUAUCGUGAGAUUUUGAGUGAAAACCUCCUUCCAUCAGCAAGGGCAUUGAAGAUGAAACGUGGCUGGGUCUUUCGGCAUGACAAUGAUCCCAAACUCACCGCCCGGGCAACGAAGGAGUGGCUUCGUAAGAAGCAUUUCAAGGUCCUGGAGUGGCCUAGCCAGUCUCCAGAUCUCAACCCCAUAGAAAAUCUUUGGAGGGAGUUGAAAGUCCGUGUUGCCCAGCGACAGCCCCAAAACAUCACUGCUCUAGAGGAGAUCUGCAUGGAGGAAUGGGCCAAAAUACCAGCAACAGUGUGUGAAAACCUUGUGAAGACUUACAGAAAACGUUUGACCUGUGUCAUUGCCAACAAAGGGUAUAUAACAAAGUAUUGAGAAACUUUUGUUAUUGACCAAAUACUUAUUUUCCACCAUAAUUUGCAAAUACAUUCAUUAAAAAUCCUACAAUGUGAUUUUCUGGAGAAAAAAAAUCUCAAUUUGUCUGUCAUAGUUGACGUGUACCUAUGAUGAAAAUUACAGGCCUCUCUCAUCUUUUUAAGUGGGAGAACUUGCACAAUUGGUGGCUGACUAAAUACAUUUUUCCCCACUGUACCUCUGCUGCAGAGGAUAAGGUCAUUAGAGUUAACUGCACCUCAGAUUGCAGCCCUAAUAAAUGUUUCACAGAGUUCAAGUAACAGACAGAUCUCAACAUCAACUGUUCAGAGGAGACUGUGUGAAGCAGGCCUUCAUGGUCGAAUUGCUGCAAAGAAACCACUACUAAAGGACACCAAUAAGAAGAAGAGACUUGCUUGGGUCAAUAAACACAUAUGGGGGAUACAAUCUUCCCAGCGCUGCAGAUUUUGCUGCGAAGAGACAGAAUCAUUAGAUCAUUUGUUUUGGUACUGUCCAUUUGUAGCUUGUUUUGGUCACAAGUCCAGGAAUGGCUGAAGGAUUGCAAUAUUUACCUGGAGCUAACCCUGCAGAUAGCACUCCUGGGUGAUCUGAAAAGUCAUAGUCAAUCGAUCAAUAAUAUAAUAAUACUUUUAGCAAAAAACAAUUAUUUUCAAUUUGCACAGUUUGGGGGAUAUGGCAUGUGGAGGCAAACUGGAUGGACAUCAUGAAAAUGAUCAGAGAGGUUGAGGGUAAAAUUAAAUAGUACCCGCAAAACACCGGUCUCAACGUCAACAGUGAAGAGGCGACUCCGGCAUGCUGACCUUCUAGGCAGAGUUGCAAAGAAAAAGCUAUAUCUCAGACUGCCCAUCUUAAUCUUUUAUUUUUAUUGGCCAGUCUGAGAUAUGGCUUUUUCUUUGCAACUCUGCUUAGAAGGUCAGCAUCCCGGAGUCACCUCUAUUUAAUGAUGCUGCCAGUUGAGAAUCUGUGAGGUGUCUGUUUCUCAAACUACAGUUGUGGUCAAAAGUUUUGAGUAUUUGUCUUCACAAAGUUUGCUGCUUCAGUUUUUUUUUGAUAUUUUUGUCAAAUGUUACUAUGGUAUACUGAAGUAUAAUUACAAGCAUUCCAUGAGUGUCAAAGGCUUUUAUUGACAAUUAUAUAAAGUUUAUGCAAAUAGUCAAUAUUUGCAGUGUUGACCCUUCUUUUUCAAGACCUCUGCAAUCCGCCCUGGCAUGCUGUCAAUUAACUUCUGAGCCACAUCCUGACUGAUGGCAGCCAAUUCUUGCAUAAUCAAUGCUUGGAGUUUGUCAGAAUUUGUGGGUUUUUGUUUGUCCACCCGCCUCUUGAGGAUUGACCACAAGUUCUCAAUGGGAUUAAGGUCUGGGGAGUUUCCUGGCCAUGGACCCAAAAUGUUGAUGUUUUGUUCCCCGAGCCACUUAGUUAUCACUUUUGCCUAUUGGCAAGGUGCUGCAUCAUGCUGGAAAAGGCAUUGUUCAUCACAUUUACAUUACAUUUACAUUUACGUCAUUUAGCAGACGCUCUUAUCCAGAGCGACUUACAAAUUGGUGCAUUCACCCUAUAGCCAGUGGGAUAACCACUUUACAAUUGUUGUUUUUUUAUUGUUUUUUUUGUUGUUGUUGGGGUUUUAUUUUUUGGGGGGGGGGGGGGGGGGUGAAGGAUGACUUUAUCCUAUCCCAGGUAUUCCUUAAAGAGGUGGGGUUUCAAAUGUCUCCGGAAGGUGGUGAGUGACUCCGCUGUCCUGGCGUCGUGAGGGAGCUUGUUCCACCAUUGGGGUGCCAGAGCAGCGAACAGUUUUGACUGGGCUGAGCGGGAACUAUGCUUCCGCAGAGGAAGGGGAGCCAGCAGGCCAGAGGUGGAUGAACGCAAUGCCCUCGUUUGGGUGUAGGGACUGAUCAGAGCCUGAAGGUACGGAGGUGCCGUUCCCCUCACAGCUCCAUAGGCAAGCACCAUGGUCUUGUAACAGAUGCGAGCUUCAACUGGAAGCCAGUGGAGUGUGCGGAGGAGCGGGGUGACGUGAGAGAACUUGGGAAGGUUGAACACCAGACGGGCUGCGGCAUUCUGGAUGAGUUGUAGGGGUUUAAUGGCACAGGCAGGGAGCCCAGCCAACAGCGAGUUGCAGUAAUCCAGACGGGAGAUGACAAGUGCCUGGAUUAGGACCUGUGCCGCUUCCUGUGUAAGGCAGGGUCGUACUCUCCGAAUGUUGUAGAGCAUGAACCUACAGGAUCGGGUCACCGCCUUGAUGUUAGCGGAGAACGACAGGGUGUUGUCCAGGGUCACGCCAAGGCCCUUCGCACUCUGGGAGGAGGACACAACGGAGUUGUCAACCGUGAUGGCGAGAUCAUGGAACGGGCAGUCCUUCCCCGGGAGGAAGAGCAGCUCCGUCUUGCCAAGGUUCAGCUUGAGGUGGUGAUCCGUCAUCCAUACUGAUAUGUCUGCCAGACAUGCAGAGAUGCGAUUCGCCACCUGGUUAUCAGAAGGGGGAAAGGGAAGAUUAGUUGUGUAUCGUCAGCGUAGCAAUGAUAGGAGAGGCCAUGUGAGGAUAUGACAGAGCCAAGUGACUUGGUGUAUAGCGAGAAUAGGAGAGGGCCUAGAACUGAGCCCUGGGGGACACCAGUGGUGAGAGCACGUGGUGCGGAGACAGCUUCUCGCCACGUCACUUGGUAGGAGCGACCGGUCAGCUAGGACGCAAUCCAAGAGUGAGCCGCGCCGGAGAUGCCCAGCUCGGAGAGGGUGGAGAGGAGGAUCUGAUGGUUCACAGUAUCAAAGGCAGCAGACAGGUCUAGAAGGACAAGAGCAGAGGAGAGAGAGUUAGCUUUAGCAGUGCGGAGAGCCUCCGUGACACAGAGAAGAGCAGUCUCAGUUGAAUGACCAGUCCUGAAACCUGACUGGUUUGGAUCAAGAAGGUCAUUCUGAGAGAGAUAGCAAGAGAGUUGGCUAAAGACGGCACGCUCAAUAGUUUUGGAAAGAAAAGAAAGAAGGGAUACUGGUCUGUAGUUGUUGACAUCAGAGGGAUCGAGUGUUGGUUUUUUGAGAAGGGGUGCAACUCUCGCUCUCUUGAAGACGGAAGGGACAUAGCCAGUGGUCAAGGAUGAGUUGAUCAGCGAGGUGAGGUAGGGGAGAAGGUCACCGGAGAUGGUCUGGAGAAGAGAGGAGGGGAUAGGGUCAAGCGGGCAGGUUGUUGGGCGGCCUGCAGUCACAAGUCGCAAGAUUUUAUCUGGAGAGAGAGGGGAGAAAGAAGUCAAAGCAUAGGGUAGGGCAGUGUGAGCAGGACCAGCAGUGUCAUUUGACUUAACAAACGAGGAUCGGAUGUCGUCAACCUUCUUUUCAAAGUGGUUGACGAAGCCAUCCACAGAGAGGGAGGAGGGGGGGGGGGGGGGGGGGGAUUCAGCAGGGAGGAGAAUGUGGCAAAGAGCUUCCUAGGGUUAGAGGCAGAUGCUUGGAAUUUAGAGUGGUAGAAAGUGGCCUUAGCAGCAGAAACAGAUGAAGAAAAUGUAGAGAGGAGGGAGUGAAAAGAUGCCAGGUCCGCAGGGGGUCUAGUUUUCUUCCAUUUCCGCUCAGCUGCCCGGAGCUCUGUUCUGUGAGCUCGCAAUGAGUCAUCAAGCCACGGAGCUGGAGGGGAGGACCGAGCCGGCCGGGAGGAUAGGGGACAUAGAGAGUCAAAGGAUGCAAAAAGGGAGGAGAGGAGGGUUGAGGAGGCAGAAUCAGGAGAUUGGAGGGAGAAGGUUUGAGCAGAGGGAAGAGAUGAUAGGAUGGAAGAGGAGAGAGUAGCGGGAGAGAGAGAGAGUGAAGGUUGCGGCGGCGCAUUACCAUCUGUGUAGGGGCAGAGUGAGUAGUGUUGGAGGAGAGCGAGAGAGAAAAGGAUACAAAGUAGUGGUCGGAGACAUGGAGGGGAGUUGCAGUGAGAUUAGUAGAAGAACAGCAUCUAGUAAAGAUGAGGUCAAGCAUAUUGCCUGCCUUGUGAGUAGGGGGGGACGGUGAGAGGGUGAGGUCAAAAGAGGAGAGGAGUGGAAAGAAGGAGGCAGAGAGAAAUGAGUCAAAUGUAGACGUAGGGAGGUUGAAAUCCCCCAAAACUGUGAGGGGUGAGCCAUCCUCAGGAAAGGAACUUAUCAAGGCGUCAAGCUCAUUGAUGAACUCUCCAAGGGAACCUGGAGGGCGAUAGAUGACAAGGAUAUUAAGCUUAAAUGGGCUAGUGACUGUAACAGCAUGGAUUUCAAAUGAGGAAAUAGACAGAUGGGUUAGGGGAAAAAUUGAGAAUGUCCACUUGGGAGAGAUGAGGAUUCCUGUGCCACCACCCCGCUGACCAGAUGCUCUCGGGGUAUGCGAGAACACAUGGUCAGACGAGGAGAGAGCAGUAGGAGUAGCAGUGUUUUCAGUGGUAAUCCAUGUUUCCGUCAGCGCCAAGAAGUCGAGGGACUGGAGGGUAGCAUAGGCUGGGAUGAACUCUGCCUUGUUGGCAGCAGAACGGCAGUUCCAGAGGCUGCCUGAGACCUGGAACUCCAGGUGUGUGGUGCGUGCAGGGACCACCAGGUUAGAGAGGCAGCAGCCAUGCGGUGUGAGGCGUUUGUGUAGCCUGUGCGGAGAGGAGAGAACAGGGAUAGGCAGAGGCAUAGUUGACAGGCUGCAGCAAAUGGCUACAAUAAUGCAGAGGAGAUCGGAAUGAAAUGAACUAAACAUCUGGGAAAGGAGAGAGCGGGGCCUCCCUCACCACAACUCCCAAAUAUAACUCUCCCAACUUCCACCUCAGAAACUAUAAUUGUUUCACUGAAACACCCGAAUAUAACUCUCCCAACUUCCACUUUAGAAAUUAGAAUUGUUGUAAACUACAGCGGUUCAAUGUUUCUAGGAAUAGACUCUAACUUACUUUAUUCAGCUAGCUAACUUGGUACAGUAUUCUUCCAUGAAAACCGCCCAGGGCACCGUAUCCUAUGACGCCAUAGCUAACUAGCAUGCUAGCAUCCAAUAACACACGGUUUAGCACCAAUACUUGGUUACAACAAACUACCAAUAGUGUGUUAACACACUAAACAGAUAAUUUGUGUCUGUGUCUAGUUCCUUUCAUAACGCAGCAAUAAUUAAACGUUGGCUAGCUAGCACAAAGUCAGUCAUGCUAGCUACACAAGUGGACUACACAUCUCGAAUGUUCAGAAAGGGAAGCUUUAUGUUGCAAAAUUCUCAUUGACAAAAAUUAUAUUGUAUUUAGCUGCUACAGUACUGCUAGCUGGUAGUGUUGGCUAGCUAGCAAUGGCUGCUCUGUUGACUUUGUUUGAAAAACGGCGUCGCUGCGAACGAAUGUAGCUGGCUAAAAUUAUAUUGUAUUUAGUUGUUACAGUACUGCUAGCUGGUAGCGUUGGCUAGCUAGCAAUGGCUGCGGUGAUGACUUUGUUUGAAAAACGGCGUCGCUGCGAACGAAUGUAGCUGGCUAAAAGGAUAUUGUAUUUAGUUGCUACAGUACUGCUAGCUGGUAGUGUUGGCUAGCUAGCAAUGGCUGCAGUGUUGACUUUGUUUCACCAAACUGUUCUUGGAUGGUUGGGAGAAGUUGCUCUUGGAGGAUGUGUUGGUAGCAUUCUUUAUUCAUGGCUGUGUUCUUAGGCAAAAUUGUGAGUGAGCCCACUCCCUUGGCUGAGAAGCAACCCCACACAUGAAUGGUCUCAAGAUGCUUUACUGUUGGCAUGAAACAGGACUGAUAGUAGCGCUCACCUUGUCUUCUCCGGACAAGCUUUUGUCCGGAUGCCCCAAUCAAUCGGAAAGGGGAUUAAUCAGAGAAAAGGACUUUACCCCAGUCCUCAGCAGUCCAAUCCCUGUUCCUUUUGUAGAAUAUCAGGCUGUCCCUGAUGUUUUUCCUGGAGAGAAGUGUCUUCCUCGCUGCCCUUCUUGACACCAGGCCAUCCUCUAAAGGUCUUCGCCUCACUGUGCGUGCAGAUGCACACACCUGCCUGCUGCCAUUCCUGAGCAAGCUCUGCACUGGUGGUGCCUCGAUCCCGCAGCUGAAUAAACUUUAGGAGACGGUCCUGGCGCUUGCUGGACUUUCUUGGGCGCCCUGAAGCCUUCUACACAACAAUUGAACCUCUCUCAUUGAAGUUCUUGAUGAUCCGAUAAAUGGUUGAUUUAGGUGCAAUCUUACUAGCAGCAAUAUCCUUACCUGUGAAGCACUUUUUGUGCAAAGCACUGAUGAAGGCACGUGUUUCCUUGCAGGUAACCAUGGUUAGCAGAGGAAGAACAAUGAUUUCAAGCACCACCCUCCUUUUAAAGCUUCCAGUCUGUUAUUCUAACUCAAUCAGCAUGACAAAGUGAUAUGUAUUUGCGGAAAAAAAAAACAUAUGGGGGAUUGGAAUUGAUGCAGACAAUUACAUUGAUGGAAGUUACAAUCUAUCUGCAAUAUUAAAAUAGAAACACAAGCAAUGGACCGGUGGAAAUUUGUUCUUUGGUCUGGAGUCCAAAUUUGAGAUUUUUGGUUCCAACUGCCGUGUCUUUAUGAGACGCGGUGUGGGUGAACGGAUUAUCUCUGCAUGUGUAUAUCCCACCGUAAAGCAUGGAGGAGGAGCUGUUAUGGUGUGUGGGUGCUUUGCUGGUGACACUCUCUGUAAUUUGUUUAGAAUUCAAGGCACACUUCGCAUUCUGCAGCGAUACGCCAUCCCAUCUGGUUUGGGCUUAGUGGGACUAUCAUUUGUUUUUCAACAGGACAUUGACCCAACACACCUCCAGGCUGUGUAAGGGCUAUUUGAUCAAGAAGGCGAGUGGAGUGCUGCAUCAGAUGACCUGGCCUUCACAAUCCUCCGACCUCAACCAAAUUGAGAUGGUUUGGGAUCAGUCGGACCGCAGAGUGAAGGAAAAGCAGCCAACAAGUGCUCAGCAUAUGUUGGAACUCCUUCAAGACUGUUGGAAAAGCAUUCAAGGUGAAGCUGGUUGAGAGAAUGCCAAGAGUGUGCAAAGCUGUCAUCAAGGCAAUGGGUGGCUAUUUGAAAAAUCUGAAAUAUAAAAUAUAUUUUGAUUUGUUUAUGUCACGCCCUGACCUUGAGAGGCAUGUUGUCUUUAGUUGGUUUGGUCAGGGCGUGAGAUUCUAUGCUAGAAAUUCUAUGUUUUUGUUCUAGGUAUUGUAUUUCUAUGUUUGGCCGGGUGUGAUUCCCAAUCAGAGACAGCUGUCGCUUGUUGUCUCUGAUUGGGGAUCAUACUUAAGUAGCCUGUUUGCCUACCUUAGUUGUGGGGUCUUGUUCCGUGUGUAGGCUUGUAUUUGUAUAGCCUGAGGACUUCACGUUACGUUGUUUCUUGUUUGUUUAUGUUUUAUAAACAUGUUCUCAUACCACGCUGCACCUUGGUCUGACCCAUCUCUCAACGAGCGUGACAGAAGAUCCCACCACCAACGGACCAAGCAGCGUGCCCAGGAGGAGCAAACACCCUGGACACAGGUGGGGAAGAUGUGGUCUUGAGAGGAGAUGUUUGCGGGUAAAGGACCCUGGGCGAAGGAGGAAGCCCAGGCAGGAGAGGAGAAACGGCAACCCAAAAGGACUCGGCCGAGGAGGAAGCCCGAGAGGCAGCCCCAAGAACCCUGACCACUGCACCCGGUGGGUUUCCAGUUUGAGUCCCUACGACCAUGGGAACAGGAAUGGGAACAGUUUUAUACUGAGGAGUCGGAGGAUAACAACGACGAUGAGUUUCUGUUCCCUAACUCGUGGGGGCUCCCGGAGGAGUCCUCACUGGAGGAAGAUAGGGCGCGGAGAGUAAAGGACUGGUACAGUCGUAGACCUCCAGCGCCGGUUCCCAGUCCGGAACGCCUUGUGCCUGCUUCUCGCACCAAGCCAGUGGUGCGUGCUCCCAGUCCGGUAAGAUCCGUUCCUGCUCCUCGCACCAGACCUGUGGUGCGUGUCCCCAGUCCGGUACGGCCUGUCCCUGCUCCUCGCAACAAACCAGUGGUGCGUGUCGCCAGCCCGGUACGCCCCGUACCUGCUCCCCGCACCAAGCCAGUGGUGCGUGUUCCCAGUCCAGUACGGUCCAGAGCAAUCCGCUCUACCGGUGCCUGAUCCAGCUCCGGUCAGCUGCUCCACUCCGGAGCCUGAGCAGUCCGCUACACUGGUGCCCAGUCCAGCUCUGGUCAGCGGCUCCACUCCGGAGCCAGAGCAAUCCGCUCCACCGGUGCCCGAUCCAGCUCCGGUCAGCGGAUCCACUCCGGAGCCAGAGCAGUCCGCUCCACCGGUGCCUAUUCCAGCUCCGGUCAGCGGCUCCACUCCGGAGUCAGAGCAGUCUGCUCCACCGGGAUCCAGUUCAGCUCCGGUCAGCGGCUCCAUUCCGGAGCCAGAGCAAUCCGCUCCACCGGUGCCUGAUCCAGCUCCGGUCAGCGGCUCCACUCCGGAGCCAGAGCAGUCCGCUCCACCGGUACCCAGUCCAGCUCCGGUCCGCGGCUCCACUCCGGAGUCAGAGCAGUCCGCUCCACCGGGGUCCAGUUCAGCUCCGGUCAGCGGCUCCAUUCCGGAGCCAGAGCAAUCCGCUCCACCGGUGCCAAAUCCAGCUCCGGUCAGCUGCUCCACUCCGGAGCCAGAGCAGUCCGCUCCACCGGGGUCCAGUCCAGCUCCGGUCAGCGGCUCCACUCCGGAGCCAGAGUAAUCCGCUCCACCGGUGCCAUCGGUACAGUCGUAGACCUCCAGCGCCGGUUCCCAGUCCGGAACGCCUUGUGCCUGCUUCUCGCACCAAGCCAGUGGUGCGUGCUCCAAGUCCGGUAAGAUCCGUUCCUGCUCCUCGCACCAGACCUGUGGUGCGUGUCCCCAGUCCGGUACGGCCUGUCCCUGCUCCUCGCAACAAACCAGUGGUGCGUGUCUCCAGCCCGGUACGCCCCGUACCUGCUCCCCGCACCAAGCCAGUGGUGCGUGUUCCCAGUCCAGUACGGCCCGUCCCUGCUCCUCGCACCAGGCCAGUGGUGCGUGUUCCCAGUCCGGCCCGGCCCGUGCCUGCACCUCGCACCAAGCCAGUGGUGCGUGUUCCCAGUCCAGUACGGCCCGUGCCUGCUCCUCGCACCAGACCAGUGGUGCGUGUCCCCAGUCCGGUACGGCCCGUGCCUGCUCCUCGCACCAGACCAGUGGUGCGUGUCCCCAGUCCGGCCCGGCCUGCUCCACCGGUGCCUGAUCCGGCUCCGGUCGGUUGCUCCACUCCGGAGCCAGAGCAGUCCGCUCCACCGGGGUCCAGUCCAGCUCCGGUCGGUUGCUCCACUCCAGAGCCAGAGCAGUCCGCUCCACCGGGGUCCAGUCCAGCUCCGGUCAGCUGCUCCACUCCGGAGCCAGAGCAGUCCGCUCCACCGGGGUCCAGUCCAGCUCCGGUCAGCGGCUCCACUCCGGAGCCAGAGCAAUCCGCUCCACCGGUGCCUGAUCCAGCUCCGGUCAGCUGCUCCACUCCGGAGCCAGAGCAGUCCAUUCCACCGGGUCUAGUCCAGCUCCGGUCAGCGGCUCCACUCCGGAGCCAGAGCAGUUCGUUCCACCGGUGCCCAGUCCAGCUCCAGUCAGCGGAUCCAUUCCGGAGAAAGAGCAGUCCGCUCCACCGGUUUCCAGGCCAGCUCCGGUCAGCGGUUCCACUCCGGAGCCAGAGCAGUCCGCUCCACCGGGGUCCAGUUCAGCUCCGGUCAGUGACUCCACUUCAGACCCAGAAGUCAACCCCUCUCCAGGGUCGGGGCCUCCCACACCAGGGUCCAGACAGGGCUUGGUGCAUCGUGGGGGGAUUGCCGAUCCAGGCCCAGUUGUCAGCCCCUCUCCAGGUUCGGGGUCUCCCACACCAGGGUCCAGACAGGGCUUGGUGCAUCGUGGGGGGAUUGCUGAUCCAGGCCCAGACGUCAGCCCCUCUCCAGGUUCGGGGUCUCCCACACCAGGCUCCAGACAGGGCUUGGUGCAUCGUGGGAGGAAGGAGAGGGGAAGCAUCGCGCCAAGGUCCAGACCAGACCAGGGGCGCAACGGGGAGGCAGAGAGGAAGAGGUCGUCACGCCCGGAGCCGGAUCCGCCUCCGAGGCUGAAAGCCCACCCGGAUCCUCCCCUAAUGAGUCAGGUUGGUGCGGCCGGAGUACGCCCUGACCAAACCAACUAAAGACAACAGGCCUCUCAAGGUCAGGGCGUGAGGUUCUAUGCUAGAAAUUCUAUGUUUUUGUUCUAGGUAUUGUAUUUCUAUGUUUGGCCGGGUGUGAUUCCCAAUUAGAGACAGCUGUCGCUCGAUGUCUCUGAUUGGGGUUCAUACUUAAGUAGCCUUUUUGCCUACCUUAGUUGUGGGAUCUUGUUCCGUGUGUAGGCUUGUAUUUGUAUAGCCUGAGGACUUCACGUUACAUUGUUUCUUGUUUUGUUCAUGAACGAUCGUGACAGUUUAAUACUUUUUUUGGUUACUACAUGAUUCCAUAUAUGUUAUUUCAUAGUUUUGAUGUCUUCACUAUUAUACUACAAUGUAGAAAAUAGUAAGAAAUAAAGAAAAACCCUUGAAUGAGUAGGUGUUCUAAAACUUUUGACCGGUAGUUUAGACAUUCAUUAUCUAGCUAUCUACUAGUGAUGUGCUGCUCAACUAUUUUCUUACACACACCCACCCGCAAUUUCACAGAAUUGGCCCGGACCCCACGGCCCGACGUAAUACAGUGAAAAUCACGGUUGCAAUCAAUUCAAAUUGAAGUCAGUCAAUUCUGAAAUUCGAAAUCAAUAUUUUAAAAAAGGGCAUCUACACAGAGUGUACAAAACAUUAGGAAAACCUGCUCUUUCCAUGACAUAGACUGACCAGGUGAAUCCAGGUGAAAGCUAUGAUCCCUUAUUGAUGUCACUUGUUAAUUCCACUUCAAUCAGUGUAGAUGAAAGGGAGGAGACAGGUUAAAGAAGGAUUUUUAAGCCUUGAGAAAAUUGAGACAUGGAUUGUGUAUGUGUGCCAUUUAGAGGGUGAAUGGGCAAGACAAAAUAUUUAAGUGCCUUUGAACAGGGUAUGGUAUUUGGUGCCAGCUACACCAGUUUGCGUCAAGAACUACAACGCUACUGAGUUUUUCACAGUCAACAGUUUCCCGUGUGUAUCAAGAAUGGUCCACCACCCAAAGGACAUCCAGCCAUCUUGACACAACUGUUGGAAGCAUUGGAGUCAACAUGGGCCAGCAUCCCUGUGGAGCGCUUUCGACACCUAGUAGUGUCCAAGCCUGACGAAUUGAGGCUGUUCUGAGGGCAAAAGUGUGUGCAAUUCAGUGUAUUUUAAGUGACUUCUCAAAUGUUAUGCAUUUCAAUCAGUGAAUCACUACAUAUACUAUCAGUUAUGUUUAGCUAAAAGGGGGAGAUUUAAGAGUGGUGCUGGAUUGUACUGAACAUCAGCUUUUCUGUGAAAUGUUUGUGUUUCAGUGGGACGUCGAUGACCCAGUAACAAUGCCUCUUGCUACCAUGUCAGUGGUCUUCACCAUUAUCUUUGUGUUAGAGGUAAGAGUCUGGGUAGAUGUCAAUAGGAAAUUUGCAUGGAACACUAUGCACAUGGAUCUCAAGGCAGGAUUGCCCUGUGUGACAAAUGUACAGUAUUAUAAAAGCAAUGUGACUACAAGACAGAUGGAUUUUGUUGUCGUGGUAACCAGGUGACGAUGAAGUUCAUAGCUAUGUCCCCGGCGGGGUACUGGCAGAGCAGACGGAAUCGCUAUGAUUUACUGGUGACAAUACUGGGAGUCAUCUGGAUAGUCCUGCACUUUGCUCUACUGGUGAGGACACACACACAGACACAGACACACAGUAUAAAUACAGAUAUACAAGGUAUUCUUUACAACACUUGUUCUUUCCUGGAACUAGUGCAUUUUCUAACAGUGGGCUAUCAGGCUAACAACUAUUCUGUACUUCUUUUGAGUGAUGACUAAAUAUAUAGUGAAGAUUAGUGUAUAAUUAGUAAAUGGCUGACCACAGUGUUCUCUCCUCCUGUAGAAUGCCUACACUUACAUGAUGGGCACCUGUGUGAUCGUCUUCAGGUUCUUCACCAUCUGUGGGAAGCAUGUAAGUAUAGCCUACUGUAAGCCUAAUGGAACUUUCAGUGCAUAUUACUGAACAAAACUGUAAAAAAUAUGUUUUCCCUAUUUACUAGCUUUCCCAGCAGGCAAAAAAACUAUUUAGAGUUGUAAACUGUUUUUCUGGUUGAAUAUGUCAUAUAAAGUAAUUACAACCAUCUGUUACAACCUCUGUUUUUUGAAGUAUUUUGCCGGUUUCUAAAAAGAGGUUAACAAAACUCUUGCGACCAUUUUGCCCGCUGGGUGGUCUCUUUAAAUAUAUAAUCUGUGUGUAGGUGACUCUGAAGAUGCUACUGCUGACAGUCGUGGUCAGUAUGUAUAAAAGCUUCUUCAUCAUCGUGGGAAUGUUCCUCCUCCUCCUCUGCUACGCCUUCGCCGGAGUCGUCCUCUUCGGAACCGUCAAAUACGGAGAGAACAUCAACAGGUGAGAGGUUCAUUCCUCUUUCUUUCCUCUCCUUUUUGAUCCCCUUUUCUACCUCUUACACACUUAUUCCCUGUCCUCCUCUGUCUCUUUCCUACCUUCUACUCUUCUUCCCACUCCUCCUCAUCUUCCUCCUUCCUUUCCUCCUUUUUACCUUUCUCCAUUCUCCUCUCCUUUCAUUUCCCUGACUCUGCUCCCCUCUCAUUCUCCUUUCACAUCAUCAUUUCUCCUAUCUUCCUCAUGGUAACCUCUCUGAUUACUGUAGAGAUUUGAAGAGCAAGUGUCACUUAUUAGAUUUGUAGUGCCAUCACAGCCUCAUCUAGUGGAGAAAUAGUGGCAGUUUGAGAAGUCUGCAGCCACACUGAUGAUGCAUUCUCUCAAAAGUAUGUGUGUGUGUGCUACUUUAUUUGUUUAAAUUUUUUCUCAAUGACAGGCAUGCCAACUUCUCCACGGCGGGCAAGGCCAUCACUGUUCUGUUCCGUAUCGUCACUGGGGAAGACUGGAAUAAGAUCAUGCAUGACUGCAUGGUAAGAGCUGGUCGAUUUAAUUUGUGAUAUGUACACAGGAGUGUCUUCAGGGGAAACUAGUCAAGACUUAUGAAACAGAAAGUGUAGUGUAAUACUUUUCUGUCUGUUACGUAACAAGCACAAGACAAAGUCAGGUCUAAAAGGUAACCAUGUAGAAAAAUAGGCAUUUCUCAAAAAUAGACUUAUUUGAGAAAAAAAGGAUAUACUGUUACAGUAUUAUUUCAAGUAAACAAACCAAAGUUCAUGACUCAAGAGGGUUUGUUGUUUUUAUUGUUCAGUCUAUGUGUCUGCUCAAUAGAGAUAUACAAUACAAUAUACACUGAACAGUGUAAACUCAACAAGCAACAAUUUCAAAGAUUUUACUGAGUUACAGUUCAUAUAAGAAAAUCAGUCAAUUGAAAUAAAUUAAUUAGGCCCUAAUCUAUGGAUUUCACAUGACUGGGAAUACAAAUAUGCAUCUGUUGACCACAUAUACUGUACCUUAAAAAAAGGUAGGGGCGUGGAUCAAAAAAAGUCUGUAUCUGGUGUGACCACCAUUUGCCUCAUGCAGCCCAUCGAGUUGAUCAGGCUGUUGAUUGUGGCCUAUGGAAUGUUGUCCCACUCCUCUUCAAUUGCUGGAUAUUGGCUUAACAGACAGGUUGAAGCCUGCUUAGCAGAGACGCUAACCUUAGCUAGCUAAGCUGCUAGCCAUCAAGCUAACGAAGUUAGUCCAAGUUGAGUUUUGCAAUGGAGCCCUUUUUGUCUGGAGAAGUAAAUGAACGGUUCCUGUAUCUACUACGCUUUGUUUCGGGACAAACUGGAUCACUCGGAGUUCCAAUGUGGCAAUUGUUUGCUUGCCGAGGAUUAUAGAAUUGAAGUGGCUUCCUUGAUCAAGCAGGUCGCCAGUCUAUGUAAGAAACUGGGGAAAACGUAGAGUGGAAUGUUUACCUUUUCUACACCGGUGGCUGGAAAGCGUUCGCGCUUGUUGGAUGCAUCUCCACCUUGCCGUUUGUCGUUGUCUGACUGGCCGGUGUUACCCGGAGUUUGUUCACCAGGGGAGCAUCUCCCUUCUCUCCUCUCCCGUCUGAUAGCGGAGUCGAAGGAGCACAGCAAGAGGACCAUGCCAAUCAAUGAUGGUCACAUGUCACAAGCCGUGGAAGCCGAAGACAGCGGCCUCCCGCAAAGCAGGAUACACUGCCAACGAGAGGCCUGGAGCAGAUACAAACAACUAAUAGUUUCGCUGCCUUGGAGCCUGAACUUCCUGUACCUUCGUCGCUGAGGGUACCUGUGUCUGCGGCCGCUGUGCCUACUCCUUCCCCUAUGAUUUCGAAGUCGACGUCGACAACCUUCCGUCCAUGCUCUGAAUCAAGCUGGGCUUCUCCAUCUGUCGGAGGCCUGCGCUGGGAGCUACGGGCUCAAGUUAUCCUGCAUCUCGCCUGUCCUUAAAGGGUUCUCAAAAUCCUGUGAAGCGGGGAGUGGGAAGAUUUCCUUGUCCUUCUCGCCAGCCGUGAUUUUGGGCAACUCCAUGGUAAGAAAUGUCACUGGCUCCUGGUGCAAAAACACUGUCCUAUCCAGGAGUUCGAGUAAAUGACAUUACUAAGCUGCUACUGAAUGUUCUACACCAGGACAUGGAAAUCUAUUCUAUCAUAGUCCAUGUGGGUUUUAAUGACAUUAUGAAGUGCAGCUCUGAACAGUUGAAACUGGAUUUUAAAUGGCUGAUUGAUUCUCUGCUAGACACUAAUAAAAUACUUAUAAUAUCUGGCCCUGUGCCCUCUCUGAAUUGUUGCAUUGAAUGCUUUAGCAGAAUUCUUUCUCUUCACAACUGGCUACAUGAUUAUUACAGCUCGAUGGGUGUAACUUUUGUUGACAAUUUCGAUACCUUUUGGAAACAAAACACAUUUUAUGUAUAGGAUGGGAUCCACCCGAAUAAUUUGGAUUCUUGGAUCAUUUCACAGCAUUAUAAGGCUGUGUUGAGACUGACAUAUCAAUGACCCAAGCCCAACUCAGUUAAUCCCUACUAUUGUGUCGCUGACUUGUCAUAAUUCUUUAGCAAAUGUACAUUAUCCCAGGGGUGUUGAUAGACAUAAUGUAAGUAACAUAAUUUAUGUCCCUCUAACUGCCCUGAAUGCCACUGCUGAUCCUACAGCUAUUGUAUGCAGUAAUCAAGUGUCUAUGAACCAGAGUUAUACUGUUAGCACUGAGGCGGUGUGCCCUAGUAGGAAGUCCACUAUGUGCAGCUCACCCUGCACUAACAUAAAUAACAUGAGCAUGUUUACUUCUGCUAUGCUUCCCAAUAAAGCAAUGAAGAAAUUGCCCAUGUUAACAUAUGUAGCUUAAGAAACAAGGUUCAUGAAAUCAAUAACUUGCUAGUAACAGAUGACAUUUAUAUUCUGACUAUCUCUGAAACUCACUUAGAUAAUACCUUUGAUGAUACAGUGGUAACAAUACAGAAAAUACAGAAAUGCCAAUGCUGUUUAUAUUCAGAACCACAUUCCUGUAAAGCUUAGAGAGGAUCUCAUGUUAAAUACUGUUUAAGUAAUAUGGCUACAGGUUCAUCUGCCUCACCUAAAGCCCAUUAUUGUGGGAAGCUGCUAUAGACCACCAAGUGCUAACAGUCAGUAUCUGGAUAACGUGUGAAAUGCUUGAUAAUGUAUGUGAUAUCAACAGAGAGGUAUAUUUUCUGGGUGAUUUAAAUAUUGACUGGCUGUCAUCAAGCUGUCCAAUCAAGAAAAAGCUUCAAACUGUAACCAGUGCCUGCAACCUGGUUCAGGUUAUCAGUCAACCUACCAGCGUAGUUACAAACAGCAUGGGAAUGAAAUCAUCAACAUUUAUUGAUCACAUCUUUACUAAUGCUGCAGAAAUUUGCUUUAAAGCAGUAUCCAAUUCAAUUGGAUGUAGUGAUCACAAUAUAGUAGCCAUAUCUAGGAAAACCAAAGUUUCAAAGGCUGGGCCUAAUAUAGUGUAUAAGAGGUCAUACAAAAAGUUUUGUAGCGAUUCCUAUGUUGUUCAUGUAAAGAAUAUUUGUUGGUCUGUGGUGUGUAAUGAGGAGAAACCAGACGCUGCACUUGACACAUUUAUGAAAUUGCUUAUUUCAGUUGCUAAUAAGCACUCACCCAUUAGAAAAUGACUGUAAAAACUGUUAAAUCCCUGUGGAUUGUUGAGGAAUUUAAAAAUUGGAUGGUUGAGAGGGAUGAGGCAAAAGGAAUGGCAAAUAAGUAUGGCUGCACAACCGAUUGGCAAACAUACUGCAAAUUGAGAAAUCAUGUGUUUAAACUAAAUAAAAACAAUAAGAAGCUAUACUAUGAAACAAAGAUAAAUUAUAUAAAGAAUGAUAGUAAAAAGCUUUGGAGCACCUUAAAUGAAAUUUUGGGCAAAAAGGCAAACUUAGCUCAAACAUUCAUUGAAUCAGAUGGCUCAUUCAUCACAAAACCCACUGAUAUUGGCAAUUACUUUAAUACUAUUUUCAUUGGCAAAAUUAGCUAAUUUAGGCAUGACAUGCCAGCAACAAACACUGGCACUACACAUCAAAGUAUAACUGAUCAAAUUAUGAAAGACAAGCAUUGUAAUUUUGAAUUCCGUAAAGUGAGUGUGGAAGACGUGAAAAGAUUAUUGUAGUCUAUCAACAAUGACAAGCCACCGGGGUCUGACAACUUGGAUGGAAAAUUACUGAGGAUAAUAGCGGACAAUAUUGCCACUACUAUUUGCCAUAUCUUCAAUCUAAGCCUACUAGAAAGUGUGUGCCCUCAGGCCUGGAGGGAAGAAAAAGUAAUUCCACUACCCAAGAAUAAUGGUUGGCUAUUUGAGCCAGUAAUCAGCCUGUUACCAACCCUUAGUAAACUUUUGGAAAAAUGUGUGUUUGACCAGAUACAAUGCUAUUUUACAGUAAAAAAAUUGACAACAAACUUUCAGCAUGCUUAUAGGGAAGGACCUUCAACAAGCACAGCAAUUACACAAACGAAUGAUGAUUGGCUGAGAGAAAAUUAUGAUAAAAUGAUUGAGGGGGCUGCUUUGUUAGACUUCAGUGCGGCUUUUCACAUUAUCUAUCAUAGUUUGCUGCUGGAAAAACGUAUGUGUUAUGGCUCUACACCCCCUGCUAUGUUGUGGAUAAAGAGUUACCUGUCUAACAGAACACAGAGGGUGUUCUUUAAUGGAAGCCUCUCCAACAUAAUCCAGAUAGAAUCAGGAAUUCCCCAGGGCUAUCAGACCUCAGGAUAAGACCCAGAUGCAGACAGUUCGAAGUAACAAAAGUGUAUUACAACAACAGGGGCAGGCAAGCAACAGGUCAAGGGCAGACAGAGGUCAGUAAUCCAGAGCAGAGUCCGAAAGGUACAGAAUGGCAGGCAGGCUCAGGGUCAGGCAGAGGUCAGUAAUCCAAGGGCAGUGUCUCAAGGUACAGAACGGCAUGCAGGCUCAGGGUCAGGGCAGGCAGAAUGGUCAAAACCGGGAAAACUAGAAAACAGGAACUAGAGAGAAAACAGGAGUACGGAAAAAACGCUGGUAGGCUUGACAAGACAAGACGAACUGGCAACAGACAAACAGAAAACACAGGUAUAAAUGCACAGGGGAUGAUGGCAAAAAUGGGCGACACCUGGAGGGGGGUGGAGACAAGCACAAGACCGGUGAAACAGAUCAGGGUGUGACAAGGGCAGCUGUCUAGGCCCCUUACUUUUAACUAAACCCUAAACCUCAACUAAAUCCUGUAAUAAAUUAUGUGGAAAUUGAGCCAGUUGAGGUGACUAAACUUCUUGGAGUAACCCUGGAUUGUAAACUGUCAUGGUCAAAACAUGUUGAUUCAAUAGUAGCUCAAAUGGGAGAAGUCUGUCCAUAAUAAAGCGCUGCUCUGCCUUUUUAACAACACUAUCAACAAGGCAGGUCCUACAGGCCCUAGUUUUGUUUCACCAGGACUACUGUUCAGUUGUGUGGUCAGGUGCCACAUAGAGGGACCUCUGAAAAUUACAAUUGGCUCAGAACAGGGCAUCACGGCUGGCCCUUAAAUGUACACGGCGAGCUAACAUUAAAAAUAUGCAUGUCAAUCUCUCAUGGCUCAAAGUGGAGGAGAGAUUGACUUAAUCAGUACUUGUUUUUGUAAGAAGUGUUGACAUGCUGAAUGCACCGAGGUGUCUGUUUAAACUACUAGCACACAGCUCGGACACCCAUGCAUACCCCACAAGACAUGCCACCAAAGGUCUCUUCACAAUCCCCAAGUCAAGAACAGACUAUGGGAGGUGCACAGUACUACAUAGAUUCCACAUCAGGUUACUGAUGCAAACAGUAGAAUCAGAUUUUAAAAAAUAAGAUACACCUAAUGGAACAGCGGGGACUGUGAAAAGACACACACAUGGCACAGACACAUGCUUACACAUACACAUGAUAAGAUAUGCACUCUACACACACACGUACACAUGGAUUUUGUAUUGUAGAUAUGUGGUAGUAGAGUAGUGGCCUGAGGGAACACACUUAAUGUGUUGUGAAAAGUGUUAUGAAAUGUAAUGUCAUGUAAUAUUUUAAAUGGUAUAUAACUGCCUUAAUGUUGUUGGAUCCCAGCAGCUAAUGGGGAUCCUUAAUAAAUACAAAUACAAAAUCCCAAACAUGCUCAAUGUGUGUCUGGUAAGUGAUUUAUGCAGGCCAUGGAUGAACUGGGACAUUUUCAGCUUCCAGGAAUUGUGUACAGAUCCUUGCGACAUGGUGAUGGUGGCGGAUGAAUGGCACGACAAUGGGCCUCAGGAUCUUGUCACGGUAUCUCUGUGCAUUCAAAUUGCCAUCAAUAAAAUGCAAUUGUGUUCGUUGUCCGUAGCUUAUGACUCCCCAUACCAUAACCCCACCGCCACCAUGGGGCACUCUUUUCACAACGUUGACAUCAGCAAACUGCUUGCCCACACAGCGCCAUACACGCUGUCUGCCAUCUGCCCAGUAUAGUUGAAACCGGGAUUGAUCUGUGAAGAGCACACUUCUCCAGCGUGCCAGUGGCAUCGAAGGUGAGCAUUUGCCCACUUUAGUACGUUACAACACCGAACUGCAGUCAGGUCAAGACCCUGUUGAGGAUGACAAGCAUGCAGAUGAGGUUUCUGACAGUUUCUGCAGAAAUUCUUCGGUUGUACAAACCCACAGUUUCAUCAGCUGUCCGGUGGCUGGUCUCAGACGAUGUGUUGUGUGACAAAACUGCACAUUUUAGAGUUGCCUUUUUUGUCCCCAGCACCAGGUGCACCUGUGUAAUGACCAUGUUGUUUAAUCAGCUUCUUGAUAUGCAACACCUGUCAGGUGGAUGGAUUAUCUUGGCAAAGGAGAAAUGCUCACUAACAAGGAUGUAAAUACAUUUGUGCACAACAUUUGAGAGAAAUAACCUUUUUGUGUGCAUAUGGAAAAGUUUGGUUAUGUUUUAUUUCAGCUCAUGAAACAUGGGACUAACACUUUACAUGUUGCGUUUAUAUUUUUGUUCAGUGUAAUAUAAUAAUAUAUGCCAUUUAGCAGACAGUGUUAUCCAAAGCAACUUGCGUGCAUACAUUUUCAUAAGGUUGGCCCCAGCGGAAAUUCUCUCUGUGGGUUCACGUUGUAGUGUGGGGCCUCAUAUAUUGAUAACAUUGUGUUUGGGAUGUUCCCCUCCUCAGGUGCAGCCUCCUUUCUGUACCCCCGAUAAGCAUCGCUACUGGGAGACGGACUGUGGGAACUACGCAGGAGCACUCAUCUACUUCUGCUCCUUCUAUGUCAUCAUUGCUUACAUCAUGCUUAACCUCCUAGUGGGUAAGUGUGUGUGUGCCCUAAUCAUAUAAGAUUGACUUUAUAACAUUUGAAUAAAGCCUUUCCAUAUGGGGUGUGUGUGACGAGUACUGAGUAUACGAAGAGGCAGGACGCAGACGCAGGAAUUAACAAGGUCAAUGUUUACUCAAACAAUGACAAAGAAAAUUAACAAAGAUAAAGUACAUGACACGAAGCAAAACAAUCACACACAACAUGACACAGAACAGUCCAGGGCUAAAUAGGGGUGGUGAUGAGAUAAUGAGGUGCAGGUGCGCUGGGUUUCCAUUCCGGUGUUGCCGAGGUGGUGCGCUCAGACCGGUGGCUCAGUAGACCAGUGAAUCAGAGCGCCGGAGGGGAGCAACGGGAGGAGACGUGACAGUGUGUGUGCGAGCAUGCAUGUGUGUGCGUAAGCCACUCACAUUCAGGCCCAUAUUUCAUUUCCUGCGGUAUGAGACGUGAGUGUGAAUAUCUCAUAAAGCACAAUAAAUGGUUUCAUCUCUCCCCAUGACAGUUUAACACUGUUAUUACACACCUCAUCAUCAAACCUUGCCGUGCAGAAAUCAUUAUCUACCUCCCAUGUCUCGGUCCACCUGUGUGUGUGUGUGUGUGUGUGUGUGUGUGUGUGUGUGUGAGAGAGAGGACACAUUGGCAGAGUCUAAAUUAAUUUCAAGGGAGUUUAGGAAGCAAGCCAACAUCAACUGUAGCUAUCCAUCUCUCCAUCUCCUUCUGAAUAUGAUCUGGCAUAUACAGUGGGGAGAACAAGUAUUUGAUACACUGCCGAUUUUGCAGGUUUUCCUACUUACAAAGCAUGUAGAGGUCUGUAAUUUUUAUCAUAGGUACACUUCAACUGUGAGAGACAGAAUCUAAAACAAAAAUCCAGAAAAUCACAUUGUAUGAUUUUUAAGUAAUUCAUUUGCAUUUUAUUGCAUGACAUAAGUAUUUGAUCACCUACCAACCAGUAAGAAUUCCGGCUCUCACAGACCUGUUAGUUUUUCUUUAAGAAGCCCUCCUGUUCUCCACUCAUUACCUGUAUUAACUGCACCUGUUUGAACUCGUUACCUGUAUAAAAGACACCUGUCCACACACUCAAUCAAACAGACUCCAACCUCUCCACAAUGGCCAAGACCAGAGAGCUGUGUAAGGACAUCAGGGAUAACAUUGUAGACCUGCACAAGGCUGGUAUGGGCUACAGGACAAUAGGCAAGCAGCUUAGUGAGAAGGCAACAACUGUUGGCGCAAUUAUUAGAAAAUGGAAGAAGUUCAAGAUGACGGUCAAUCACCCUCGGUCUGGGGCUCCAUGCAAGAUCUCACCUCGUGGGGCAUCAAUGAUCAUGAGGAAGGUGAGGGAUCAUCCCAGAACUACACGGCAGGACCUGGUCAAUGACCUGAAGAGAGCUGGGACCACAGUCUCAAAGAAAACCAUUAGUAACACACUACGCCGUCAUGGAUUAAAAUCCUGCAGCGCACGCAAGGUCCCCCUGCUCAAGCCAGCGCAUGUCCAGGCCCGUCUGAAGUUUGCCAAUGACCAUCUGGAUGAUCCAGAGGAGGAAUGGGAGAAGGUCAUGUGGUCUGAUGAGACAAAAAUAGAGCUUUUUGGUCUAAACUCCACUCGCUGUGUUUGGAGGAAGAAGAAGGAUGAGUACAACCCCAAGAACACCAUCCCAACCGUGAAGCAUGGAGGUGGAAACAUCAUUCUUUGGGGAUGCUUUUCUGCAAAGGGGACAGGACGACUGCACCAUAUUGAGGGGAGGAUGGAUGGGGCCAUGUAUCGCGAGAUCUUGGCCAACAACCUCCUUCCCUCAGUAAGAGCAUUGAAGAUGGGUCGUGGCUGGGUCUUCCAACAUGACAACGACCCGAAACACACAGCCAGGGCAACUAAGGAGUGGCUCCGUAAGAAGCAUCUCAAGGUCCUGGAGUGGCCUAGCCAGUCUCCAGACCUGAACCCAAUAGAACAUCUUUGGAGGGAGCUGAAAGUCCGUAUUGCCCAGCGACAGCCCCGAAACCUGAAGGAUCUGGAGAAGGUCUGUAUGGAGGAGUGGGCCAAAAUCCCUGCUGCAGUGUGUGCAAACCUGGUCAAGACCUACAGGAAACGUAUGAUCUCUGUAAUUGCAAACAAAGGUUUCUGUACCAAAUAUUAAGUUCUACUUUUCUGAUGUAUUAAAUACUUAUGUCAUGCAAUAAAAUGCAAAUUAAUUACUUAAAAAUCAUACAACAUGAUUUUCUGGAUUUUUGUUUUAGAUUCCGUCUCUCACAGUUGAAGUGUACCUAUGAUAAAAGAUACAGACCUCUACAUUCUUUAUAAGUAGUAAAACCUGCAAAAUCGGCAGUGUAUCAAAUACUUGUUCUCCCCACUGUAUAUCCUUGUGGUUUUAUGGACUGUGUCUGUUAGCACAACCUGUCCCUUAGAUGCCUACAGUGCUUCAUGCUGUGAGUGUUGUAGGGAAAUGACUACGUAUACCAUUUCACCAGUCACCACUAAAAGCCACAUAGGCCUAUUAUUCACAAUCCAUUUACUGAAGGCUAUGAACAUCUAAUUGCAGGUGCCAUUAGCGAAGCUCAGGUAUGGUUCCUCGACCACACCAAUGCUAGUUGGAGAAUAUGCCAUGAAAGGUGUUACGUUCCUCAGCAAGAAAACCAAGAAUUGUCGCUCAAACAGAAAGGGGAACUAACAAAGGGUCACUGACAAUAACCAAAACGAAACAGGUGGGGUUUUAGGAGGGGUUCUGAAAGACACUCGUGGGGGUGUCCACUGAAAGUUGACUAGAAGCAACUGGGACCUAAAUGACACCAACCCUGAGCGCCCACUAAAUAUGCCCAACAAGAAGCAAACAAAAGAAAAACCCACAAAGACAGGAAGCAAACCAAAAAGUGGAGCAAAACAGGGAUGAUCAGAUAAAGGAUUGUUGGUCUAGAAAUCUAAUAUGUAGAGCCAACUAAAGGUGUUAACCCUCCACGUCUCUCAAGACCACUGGAGCCACUCUAAAUAGCACCUGGGCCAGCACAGGUGAAACACCUUCCCACUAACGAGAUGACCAACCAGAACAGAUGUAAUACAUACUGACAAACGAGGUGACACCAGUUAGUGCGCCCCACGUGCUAACGUCCAACCUCGAAAUAUGAAUGGAAAAGCCAAAGCCUGUAACACCUUCCCCCUUAAGACAACAAAUAUAUCCUAUAUUUUUGUUGGACAAGUUUGCUCACAACCAACAGAAAACAACUUCCAUCUCAUAACAUGAUCAACGUAAAUGUGUCGCUACUUAAAUGCGUCGCCUUCUCCAAUGUAAACAUGGUGUCAACUGGCGGUCAACAAUUAAAUACAAGACAAAACAGACCUUUAACAAUUUUCUUUUUAUAAUGAUAUACUAUAUAUAUAUAUACAUACAGUACCAGUCAAAAGUUUGGACACACCUACUCAUUCAAGGUUCUCUUUAUUUUUACUAUUUUUUAUAUUGUAGAAUAAUAGUGAAGACAUCAAAACUAUGAAAUAACACAUAUGGAAUCAUGUAGUAACCAAAAAAGUGUUAAACAAAUCAAAAUAUAUUUUAUAUUUGAGAUUCUUCAAAUAGCCACCCUUUGCCUUGAUGACAGCUUUGCACACUCUUGGCAUUCUCUCAACCAGUGUGUGUAUGUAUAUAUAUAUAUAUAUAUAUAUAUAUAUAUAUAUAUAUAUAUAUAUAUAUAUAUAUACUGCUCCCUAAAACUCUGAAGUUUUGAGAAACUGGUAAAAUCAAAUACGUUUCUAUAACUCGCAUCCCCUUGGAAUUAGCGCAACAAAAACAAAACUCAUCUCCAAAACAUGCAUUCAAAAUAAAUUGUAAACCAGGGCCACACACUGGCUAAACACAAAACACAAAACGUAUUAACUGCCCACCCUUGAAAGACAAUCAGCAACCAAGUUAUCCUUUCCACUGAUGUCUGAUUUCAAGGGGAAACUCAUGCAAUAUCCGUAGUAACUUUCCUCUCGUGAUUUUCCUCAAUGGAAUGGCCUCAGGGAAACGAGUGGCAGCACACAUGAUGGUCAAAAGAAACUGGUUACUACUCUUUGCUUUGGGCAAAGGACCAACACAGUCCACCAGAACCCUGCUGAAAGGUUUGUCAAAAGCAGGAAUCGGCUGCAAAGGUGCAACCGGUACAGCUUGUUUUGCACGUUCGCUGGAUUUACAGUAAGACACAACAUCCUGUUUCAGACCAGGGCGGAAGAUGUUAUGUAACAUACAGUCAAACUUCUUGUUGACCCCAAGAUGGCCUGCCAUACUACCAUCGUGAGCCAACUUAGUAUCUCUUGUCGAAGUGUAACUGGAAUGACAAUUUAAGAUACACUGGGCCAAUAGUCUUGCCCAGAAGUGGCACGAGAAUGCCAUUUCCUCAUUAGAACACCAUCUCUGUCAAUGUAACCCACACGAACUUCAUCAAACUCCUCCUCUGGACGUAUCUCAGCAAAAAGAGGGGAGAGGGAAACAUCUUUACUCUGUUCAGCAAUCAGCUGCUUCCUAGAGAUUGAAGUGUCAACUGUAGGGACCGUCUCUUCCUUCAGCGGUCCUACAAACUCACUCACCUUUUGGGUUUUCAAAGGAGAGGUCAACUCAGGAGGUUUAGCGAAAUCAUGAUCACCCAUAAAUGUCUUUGACAGAUCGACCAUUGUGGGAUCGCUGACAUCCUCCUCAACACUAGACUUGCGCCCAGCAACUUUCUUAGACAUAGCACGUGUAACGGCACACGUUGGGAACACUCAAGGGUACUUUUCUGAUAAAUCAUCUGGUUCCUCUACUCUUGGUUCCUUACAAACGACAGAAUUUGGCACGACCUUCCCUCCAGCCAAAUUGUUUCCCAAAACAGGCCUCACUCCAACAACAAUGGAACCAGAAAUAAGAUCAGACUCAAGUUCUAAAUUAUACAAAGGAACUUCCAUGCUUUUUGCGUGGGGAUAACUACUGGGUGCUUUGUUUGUGAAGGUAGUUUUGUGAGUCAACAAAAACUCAUCUGCAAGAACUGCUGCUUUCUCAAGCUACACUGAGGAAUGGCGCCGGAGAAGAUGGCUGCCGUUUUACAGCCCUCUAACCAAUUGUACUAUUAUGUGUGUUUUUCCGCGUUAUUUGUAAUUUAUUUUGUACAUAAUGUUUCUGCCAUCGUCUCUUAUAACCAAAAAGAGCUUCUGGAUAUCAGGACAGCGAUUACUCACCUCGUAUUGGAAGAAGAUUUUUUCUUCAACGAGGCGGCCGCGAAGGAUAUCCUACAUACACCCGACAAGGCCCAAAUCCCCGUCAUUCCCAUGAGAAAGAGACAGAGAUAUCGUGGACGUAGGUCGGGGUACCUUGUAAGGAUCCGACGGUGAGCGAGAAAACCGCCUCUCCCAUCUAUCCUAUUAGCCUAUCUUCAAUCAUUUGAGAAUAAAUUGGAUGACCUAAGAUUACGGUUAUCCUACCAACGGGACAUUAAAAACUGUAACAUCUUAUGUUUCACCGAGUCGUGGCUGAACGACGACAUGGACAACAUACAGCUAGCGGGCUAUACGCUACAUCGGCAGGAUAGAACGGCUGACUCCGGUAAGACAAGGGAUGGCGGUCUGUGUAUAUUUGUAAACAACAGCUGGUGCACAAAAUCAAAUACUAAGGAAGUCUCGAGGUUUUGAUAAGCUGUAGACCACACUAUUUACCAAGAGAGUUUUCAUCUAUAUUUUUCAUAGCUGUCUAUUUACCACCACAAACCAAUGCUGGCAUUAAGAUUGCACUGAAUGAGCUGUAUAAGGCCAUAAGUGAACAGGAAAACGCUAAUCCAGAGGCAGCGCUCCUAGUGGCCGGGGACUUUAAUGCAGGGAAACUUAAAUCCGUGCUACCUAAUUUCUACCAGCAUGUUAAAUGUGCAACCAGAGGAAAAAAAAACUCUAGACCACCUUUACUCCACACAGAGACGCAUACAAAGCUCUCCCUCGCCCUCCAUUUGGCAAAUCUGACCAUAAAUCUAUCCUCCUGAUUCCUGCUUAUAAGCAAAAACUAAAGCAGGAAGCACCAGUGACUCGGUUAAUAAAAAAGUGGUCAGAUGACGCAGAUGCUAAGCUACAGGACUGUUUUGCUAGCACAGACUGGAACAUGUUCCGGGAUUCUUCAGAUAGCAUUGAGGAGUACACCACAUCAGUCACUGGCUUCAUCAAUAAGUGCAUCGAUGAUGUCGUCCCCACAGUGACCGUACGUACAUACCCCAACCAGAAGCCAUGGAUUACAGGAAACAUCCGCACUGAGCUAAAGGGUAGAGCUGCCGCUUUCAAGGAGCGGGACUCUAACCCGGACGCUUAUAAGAAAUCCUGCUAUGCCCUCCGACGAACCAUCAAACAGGCAAAGAGUCAAUACAGGACUAAGAUUGAAUCGUACUACACCGGCUCUGACACUCGUCGGAUGUGGCAGGGCUUGAAAACUAUUACAGACUACAAAGGGAAGCACAGCCGCGAGCUGCCCAGUGACACAAGACUUCCAGACGAGCUAAACCACUUCUAUGCUCACUUCGAGGCAAGCAACACUGAAGCAUGCAUGAGAGCACCAGCUGUUCCGGAUGACUAUGUGAUCACGCUCUCCGUAGCCGAUGUGAGUAAGACUUUUAAGAAGGUCAACAUUCACAAGGCCGCAGGGCCAGACGGAUUACCAGGACGUAUACUCCGAGCAUGUGCUGACCAACUGGCAAGUGUCUUCACUGUCAUUUUCAACAUGUCCCUAACUGAGUCUGUAAUACCAACAUGUUUCAAGCAGACCACCAUAGUCCCCGUGCCCAAGGACACUAAGAUAACCUGCCUAAAUGACUACCGACUACUGACAUCUGUAGCCAUGAAGUGCUUUGAAAGGCUGGUCAUGGCUCACAUCAACACCAUUAUCCCAGAAACCCUAGACCCACUCCAAUUUGCAUACCGCCCCAACAGAUCCACAGAUGAUGCAAUCUCUAUUGCACUCCACACUGCCCUUUCCCACCUGGACAAGAGGAACACCUACGUGAGAAUGCUAUUCAUUGACUACAGCUCAGCAUUCAACACCAUAGUGCCCUCAAAGCUCAUCACUAAGCUAAGGAUCCUGGGACUAAACACCUCCCUCUGCAACUGGAUCCUUGACUUCCUAACGGGCCGCCCCCAGGUGGUAAGGGUAGGUAACAACACAUCUGCCACACUGAUCCUCAACACGGGGGCCCCUCAGGGGUGCGUGCUCAGUCCCCUCCUGUACUCCCUGUUCACCCAUGACUGCAUGGCCAGGCACGACUCCAACACCAUCAUUAAGUUUGCCGACGACACAACAGUGGUAGGCCUGAUCACAGACAACGAUGAGACAGCUUAUAGGGAGGAGGUCAGAGACCUGGCCGUGUGGUGCCAGGAUAAUAACCUCUCCCUCAACGUGACCAAGACAAAGGAGAUGAUUGUGGACUACAGGAAAAAAAAGAGGACUGAGCACGCCCACAUUCUCAUCGACGGGGCUGUAGUGGAACAGGUUGAGAGCUUCAAGUUCCUUGGUGUCCACAUCACCAACGAACUAUCAUGGUCCAAACACACCAAGACAGUCGUGAAGAGGGCACGACAAAGCCUAUUUCCCCUCAGGAGACUGAAAAGAUUUGGCAUGGGUCCUCAGAUCCUCAAAAAAUUCUACAGCUGCACCAUCGAGAGCAUCCUGACUGGUUGCAUCACCGCCUGGUAUGGCAACUGUUCGGCCUCCGACCGCAAGGCUCUACAGAGGGUAGUGCGUACGUCCCAGUACAUCACUGGGGCCAAGCUUCCUGCCAUCCAGGACCUCUAUACCAGGCGGUGUCAGAGGAAGGCCCUCAAUAUUGUCAAAGACUCCAGCCACCCUAGUCAUAGACUGUUCUCUCUGCUACCGCACGGCAAGCCGGAGUGCCAAGUCUAGUUCCAAAAGACUUCUCAACAGCUUCUACCCCCAAGCCAUAAGACUCCUGAACAGCUAAUCAUGGCUUCCCGGACUAUUUGCACUGUCCCCCCCACCCCCACCCCAUCUUUUUACGCUGCUGCUACUCUGUUAAUUAUUUAUGCAUAGUUACUUUAACUCCACCCACAUGUACAUAUUACUUCAACUACCUCAACUAGCCGGUGUCCCCGCACAUUGACUCUGCAACGGUACCCCCCUGUAUAUAUAGCCUGCCUACUGUUAUUUUAUUUUACUUCUGCUCUUUUUUUCUCAACACUUUUUUGUUGUUGUUUUAUUUUACUUUUUUAUUAAAAAUAAAUGCACUGUUGGUUAAGGGCUGUAAGUAAGCAUUUCACUGUAAUGUCUGCACCUGUUGUAUUCAGCGCAUGUGGCCAAUAACAUUUGAUUUGAUUUGAGAUCCUUGUGCUCAUAAAUGUAGGUCGCAACCCUUUUGUGAAGGCAAUUCCUUAACUUCUCGAGAAGUAUGAGAGUCUUUAAAUCCUUAAGGUCCUUGACCUCUUGAGAACCACACCACCGAUCAAAAAGACAUGCUUGUUCCCUUGCGAACUCAACAUGGCUUUGUGAUUCUGUCUUCGUAAUUUACGGGACUGUUGUCUGUAUGCCUCUGGGACCAACUCGUAAGCCUGAAGGAUAGCAGCUUUAACAGUGUCAUAAUCUGCACUCUGGUCAAGAGAUAAAGCGGCGUACACUUUCUGAGCCUUUCCCACAAGAACACUUUGGAGGAGCAGUGACCAAAUAUAUUGUGGCCAUUUUAGGGAUUGUUUGUCUAGAAAUCAAAUAGGGAGAGCCAACUAAAGGUGUUAACCUUCCAUGUCUCUCAAGACCACUGGAGCACUGGGCCAGCCACUCUGAGAUAGCACCUGGGCCAGCACAGGUGAAACACCUUCCCACUAACGAGAUGACCAACCAGAACAGGUGUAAUACAUACUGACUAAUGAGGUGACACCAGUCAGUGCGCCCCACGUGCUAACGUGCUAGCGUCCAAACUCGAAAUAUAAAUGGAAAAGCCUGUAACAAAGGUGAUAAAUCAAAAUCAGUAAAUAUAACUGGAGCCACCUCUUCAUUUUUGAAGGCAUACAAGACAGUAUGGUAGCAAAUUGUAGGUGUAAAUAACUCUUGCAUGAUAUGUCAUUGUUGUGUCCCAGACAUAUCUGCUGGAUGUAUACUACAUUGAAGUGUUCAGACAUGUGAUAACCUCAGAUAUGUGUGUGUUUUGCAGCCAUCAUCGUGGAGAACUUCUCUCUGUUCUACUCCACUGAGGAGGACCAGCUACUGAGCUACAACGACCUCCGACACUUUCAGAUUAUCUGGAACAAUGUGGACGACAAGAGAGAGGUGAGAGGAGAGGGGGUGGGGGGAGAGAUGAUGGAGGAGGGGGUGAAAAGGGGCUGAAACACUUCUAGGUCAUCUGGAACAUGGUGGAUGAUGUCAGAGGAGAGAGAGAGAGGGAACCUUGUGGGGAGGUAAGGUUUGGAAGUGGAGGAGAGCUGGAGGGAUGGAUGGAGUGAGAGUGAGAGAAAGGAGAGAUACAGGGAGAUCGGGAGAAACCAACUGAUAUGAUAGGGUAGGAACCGUGUGGAGAGGCAAGGGUUGGAAGUGGAGAAGAGAUGGAGGGAGGGAAAGAAAAGUCUGGACAGGUGGGGUGACCUUUAACCACUCUCUCUCAGGGAGUGAUCCCAACAUCGCGGGUGAAGUUCCUGCUGCGUCUGCUGAGGGGCAGGCUAGAGGUAGACCUGGAUAAGGACAAGCUGCUGUUCAAACACAUGUGCUACGAGAUGGAGAGGCUGCACAACGGAGGGGAUGUCACCUUCCACGACGUGCUCAGGUGACAACGGCACACACAGAUGGACAUAUUGACAUACACCUUCCACAACGUGCUGAGGUGACAACGGCACACACACAUAGACACACACCUUCCACAAUGUGCACAGGUGACAACGUCAAACACACCUGCUUAAUCCAUAUAUAGUUUUUUUUGUGGGGGGGGGGGCCUGUAUUGUUUCCCCCAGUGUGUUUUCAUAUUGUUCUGUAGACCCAUUUAGUCCUUCUAAAACAUUAUAUUAUUGUUGUUUAUUAGGAUAUAUUUUAGCCCAUGGUUACGUAUUGAGUCCUUAUCUAUUCAUUCUUCUAACAUUCUUUCUCUUCCGUGUCCCCCUGUGUUGCUGCAGUAUGUUGUCGUACCGCUCAGUGGAUAUCAGGAAGUCUCUACAGCUGGAGGAGCUGCUGGCUAGAGAGCAGCUGGAGUACACCAUAGAAGAAGAGGUGGCCAAGCAGACCAUACGCAUGUGGCUCAAGAAGUGCCUCAAACGCAUCCGUGCUGUAAGAUAUCCAAACAUUAAGAACACCAUCUUAUAUUGAGUUGCACCCCCCAAACCCCCCCACACCCCCUUUUGCCCUCAGCACAGCCUCAAUUCGUCGGGGUAUGGACUCUACAAGGUGUCGAAAGCGUUUCACAGGGAUGCUGGCCCAUGUUGACUCCAAUGCUUCCCACAGUUGUGUCAAGUUGGCUGGAUGUUCUUUGGGUGGUGAACCAUUCUUGAUACACACAGGAAACUGUUGAGCGUGAAAAACCCAGCAGCGUUGCAUUUCUUGACACAAACCGGUGUGCCUGGCACCUACUACCACACCCCAUUCAAAGGCACUUGAAUAUUUUAACUUUCCCAUUCACCCUCUGAAUGGCACACAUAUACAAUCCAUGUCUCAAUUGUCUAAAAAUCUCCUCCCCUUCAUCUACACUGAUUGUAGUGGAUUUAACAAGUGACAUAAGGGAUCAUAGCUUUUACUUGGAUUCACCUGGUCAGUCUAUGUCAUGGAAAGAGCAGGUGUUCUUAAUGUUUAGUACACUCAGUGUAUAUAUAUAUAUAUAUAUAUAUAUAUAUAUAUAUAUAUAUAUAUAUAUAUAUAUAUAAACACACACACACACACACACACACACACAAACCAAGUGAGUUGUUCGUUUUUGUUGACUUACUGCCUUGUGCUGUAAGGUGUUUUGUGAGGACCUACUGUUGUGUGCUGUGACAUGUUUUGUGAGGACCCACUGCUUAACAAAACAAUCUGCUGUGUACAGUAGCGUAUUGUGAGGACCCACUGCACUCUCUCUCCUACAGUAACUAUCAUGCUUGAAGAAACUGCCAAUUGUGUAGUUUUGUAUUUUGAGAGAACAGAUUGUUUAGUUUUGUGUUUUGUGAGGACCCACUCCUCUGUCACUUCCCCUACAGAAUACGCAGAAGUCAUGUUUGGAUACACUGUUCCAAAGUUUUUGUGGUUUGUUCUGUGCUGUAUCGUGUCCUUUGAGGACUCACUCUCCCUGUCUCUCCUGCUACAGAAGCAGCAGCAGUCGUGCAGCAUCAUCCACAGCCUGAGAGAGAGUCAGCAGCAGGAGCUCAGUCGCUUCCUCAACCCCCCCAGCAUACAGACCACCCUGCCUAGUGAGGACAUCAACGCUAACCAGGACCACCCAACACAGCCAGAGGUACACACACACACACACACACACACACACAUAUGCACACACGCGCACAGACAUUCAUUGAACCACACACACCUCACACCAGCGAGAUGGAUAAGAUGGGAGAGUUUGUAUGGUAAGGUUUUCUGUACAGUCUGUAGUAGGUACACAUAGUCCUUUGCCAGGUAAGAAACUUGCAGUACACAUUUUUUUGUGAAUGCUCUUAACAGGAUAUGUCCCUUUUAAAAUUAUACAAUGUUUCAUACAGGUUUCAUACAUGUACUAUACAACUUUUCUACUCUUACCUACCUGUAGUUGAGUGGUCUCCAACAACUGCUGAGUCCUACUCUGUCAGACCGUGGGGGAUACAGACAGGACUCCUCAGAACGCCCUCAGAGGAAACUGGGACAGUGGAGACUACCUGCAGGUGAGUACCGUUUGUGCGUGUGUGUGUGCAGUGUCAACAAACAUCAACUCUGUGCUCACAAAACCAAUGUGACCGACCAGUGUCAAUGUGUAUCGAACCCAUGUCAUCCGCGUGACUGAAGCCUAGGAAUCAUACGGCCAUUCGAAAAAUAACAUUGGAGCAAUGCUGUAUGUCAACAGAUACUCACAUAUUGUUUUUCCAUUAACCCAAAUCUCUUCUCUCUAUCUGUCCAGGUCGUACCAGUGUCAAGUCCAUGGUAUGUAAGAUGAACCCUGUGAGUGACGAAGCCUCCUCGGGGUCAGAGGUCAAGAAAUGGUGGACGCGUCAGCUGACCGUAGAGAGUGACGAGAGUGGUGAUGACCUCAUAGAUAUUUAA